AUGGGGGCCGUGCUGAGGAGCCUGCUUGUGUGCAGCCUGUGCUGCCUACUGAGGGGUGAGACACACACUGCGAGGGGUACAGGCUGGGUGCUGGGGGGGUCAGUCACUUUGGAAGGGGUAGUGGCCUGGUGCUGGGGGCGAGAAACACUGGAAAGGGUACAGGCUGGGGGUUACAAACAGACUCUGGAUGGGGUAAUGGCUGGCUACUGAGGUAUGAGACACAGACACUGAAAGGAGUAAUGGCUGGGUGGCUAGAAACACACACUACAAGGGGUACAGUCUGAGGUGAGACAAGGACACUGGAAGGGGUACAGGCUGAAUGCUGGUGGUGAGAUGCAAUCACUGGAAGGGGUACAGGCUGAAUGCUGGUGGUGAGAUGCAAUCACUGGAAGAGGUACAGGCUGAAUGCUGGUGGUGAGAUGCAAUCACUGGAAGGGGUACAGGCUGAAUGCUGGUGAAAUGCAAUCACUGGAAGGGGUACAGGCUGAAUGCUGGUGGUGAGAUGCAAUCACUGGAAGGGGUACAGGCUGAAUGCUGGUGGUGAGAUGCAAUCACUGGAAGGGGUACAGGCUGAAUGCUGGUGGUGAGAUGCAAUCACUGGAAUGGGUACAGGUUGAAUGCUUGUGGUGAGAUGCAAUCACUGGAAGGGGUACAGGCUGAAUGCUGGUGGUGAAAUGCAAUCACUGGAAUGGGUACAGGUUGAAUGCUGGUGGUGAGAUGCAAUCACUGGAAGGGGUACAGGCUGAAUGCUGGUGGUGAGAUGCAAUCACUGGAAUGGGUACAGGUUGAAUGCUUGUGGUGAGAUGCAAUCACUGGAAGGGGUACAGGCUGAAUGCUGGUGGUGAGAUGCAAUCACUGGAAGAGGUACAGGCUGAAUGCUGGUGGUGAGAUGCAAUCACUGGAAGAGGUACAGGCUGAAUGCUGGUGGUGAGAUGCAAUCACUGGAAUGGGUACAGGCUGAAUGCUGGUGGUGAGAUGCAAUCACUGGAAGGGGUACAGGCUGUGGGAUACUAGAAUAGGGAUAUGCUUAAAGGCUGGCAGGUGAGACUAUGAAGGAGCACUGGAUGGGUGCAGGGGAAGACACUGAAAGUGUCACUGGCUGGAGGUGAGACCUUAAAUGGUGCACAUGCUUGGUUAUGAUACUGAAGGGGUCUCAGGCUGGAAGUAUGAUGCUAAAGGGGGCAUAGGUUAAGUGGUGAGGGUGUGAAAGUAUGGGCACAGAAUGGGUGCUGAUGUUGAGACUCUGACGGGGUCACUUACUGGCUGCUGGGUCACUGGAGUGCUGUGAGUGAGGCACGCUGUGUGCUGGGGUAAGAUUAAAGGGGGCGCAGGCGAUGGUGAUAGGGGACCUAUGGUGGUAUAUGAUGGCCAAAGUUAAUCUGGUCAUUUGUCCACACCAUAUAUACCAGGGCUGCCCAAAGGGUAGAUCCCCAGAUGUUUUUAAACUACAGCUUCCAUUCUAUUUUGUCAUGUAAAGGCAUACAAAACAGUGGGGGUUGUAGUUUAACAUCUGGAGUUCUACCUUUUAGUCAGCCCUGAUAUAGACUAAAGAGUAGUACGGAAUGGUUUCCACCUUCGCACCCAGAUUUUAACAUUUUUUAAAAGGUGAUUGAGCCCAUUAUCAUGAAUCAAGUAUAUGAAUUUUGUGUAAUUGCCUUAAUAUGGAGGCAACGGGUAGACUGGCAUAUGUUGUCAGUUAACAGUGUGGGAAUCCCUGGAUAGGAAAAUGAGGCUUAGGGUGUUGGUAGCAUAUAGUGCUAUUGGUGAUAUGCAUGGAGAAAUAAAGAUUUAUUUGAGAAUCUUUAUAUUGGUUAAUUUUUCUGAAGUGUUUUUAUUUUUUUAUUUUUUUUUAUUUUUUUUAUUUCUUCUACCCUACCUGUAGAAAGAAACAGUUUGACAUUGGUUUCUAGACAUAACUUAGAUGAAAUGUAAUGUCAGUGACUGUUGUAGGUUUAUUACUGAGCUUGUUUGAGCAGGGCCUUCAUCUACCUAUUGUUCCUGUGUAAUUGUCUAAUUUAUUGUAAAUUUCCUCCCUUUCAUAAUAUUGUAAAGCGCUGCGGAAUUAGUUGGCGCUAUAUAAAUAAUACUAAGCCACAGCUUAGUCUGUAUGGUCUUUGUAGAAUUAUUUCUAUAACUUCUAAGGGGUAUGGACACCAUUAAAUAGAGUAGUAUUUGUACAUACUAAUAAGUAGUAGUCUUUUUGUGUGUCUCUGAUUGCUUAUCACCAGCCCUACCCCUCCUCCACUUUCAAUUUACAUGCAAAUAGACCCCAAGCAAACACAUUUAAAUUACUUAUUCCCCAUCUCAUCACCAUCUUGGUUGGGUUGCUUCCCCCUAACCAAGUAAGCCAAUAUCCAUCAAUGUGAAUAAAAGCAGGUUUUUCGGCCUUGCCCAUUGUAGGGUUUAAAUUGAUGUUUUUCUCUUAUUUGAAAAAGUCUUAGGUUUGCAAAAGUUCUCUGUUUACUUUUCAUCUUAAUGGCGUUUUUAAAUGUUUAUUAAUUCUUCACAAGUUAAAGGAUAGUUCACAGACAUAAUGUAGAAACCCAGGUACUAGAAACUAUCUCUUGAAUUUUUAAAUUUUAUUUAUUUAUUUUUUUUAGCAAUUUUAGACAUGUAUUGUACAUUCCACGUCAAAAAAACACUUCUUAUUAUGGUUCUAAUACACCUUGAGUGGUGGCACUCAAACACCAGAUCAGUUUAAUUUUGUACUUUUUACAAGAUCUCUAAGUUGCACUUCUUUUCUGAUGAAGCUAUACAGUAAACAAAUUGUUUUAUUACGUGGUCUCCAAAAAUAUCAAAACAUGUUUUUUUUUUCGUUGUGUUUUUUAUUCCUUUCUUUUUCUUCCCCAUAUGGGCAACAUUUAAUUUAAUACAUUUUCUCCAAUAUUUAAAUUGCCCUUUUAGCAAUAGAUCAUGCAUUCUUACAGUGCUACAGGAGUGCAAAACAUAAAUGUUUUUGUUCCCCCUCCCCCUUCACAACUGAAAAUGCUAAGAAACAAGACAAAAGAAUUUCAUUCCUCUGUACUAGUAAAAUAUAAAUGCUUCUCAAAUGUCUCCUAAUUGUAAAUGCUUCUGCCAUAUGGCUGUUUUUAUUUUUUUUAAAUCAAGCAAACUCUGAACUUGAAUAAUUUUAAAUGUUCCAGAUAGAAAACUGUUUUGAGUUUCAUAAAGCUUCCCCCCCAUUGCUGUAUGAAAAGGAAAUUAAAACCCACUUUGAUUAACUCGGAUUGGCUUGCAAUCAGUGAAACUUUUAUUUUCAUGGGCACUAGGAUUAAAAACUAUUUCCGAAAGCUGGUUGCUUUUUAGCAAAAGAAUGUUGUGCAUUUUUUUUUUUCCUCUUGCUUCUCAGCUGCCAGACAUACUAUACCCAGCUGUGAUAAGUUUUUGUGUCUGCUGCGUUCGGAUUACCCUAUCACUAUUAUGGAAUAUAAACCCUAUAAAUUGUGCAGUUAGAAUUUCUCAAUUAUCCCUAUGAAUCCUGCUUAAAGGGACACUAUAGUUACCAGAACAACUACAGCUUAUUGAAUUUGUUCUGGUGAGUAGAAUAAUUCACUAAAGGUUUUUUUCUGUAAGCACUGUCUUUUUAGAGAAAAUGCAGUGUUUACGUUACAGCCUAGUGAUAACUUAACUGGCCACUCCUCAGAUGGCUGCUAGAGCUACUUCCUAUUUCAGUCUUGCCUAGUUUGAAUCACAACAUUCAGUAUCCUCUCCCCCCUCCCCCUCCCGCAUUGAUUUAUUUCAUCUCUAUGAGAAGAUGUUGAUUGGCCAGGGCUUUGUUUCACUUCUGCUGGCUCUGCCCCUCAUCUGCCUCCUUGUCAGUCUCAGCCUAUCCUAUGGGGAAGCAUUGUGAUUGGCUCAGAACAACACUUCUGAUGAUGUCAGCAGGCAGCUUACUGUUCUGAGGCAGAGCCAGCAGCUUCAGGCUUAAAUACAAGUAAGCUUUUACUAUAUUUAGAGGGGUCAGGGGGACUAGAUGGUGGUUUUAACACUAUACUGUCAGAAAUAUGUUUGUGUUCCUGACCCUAUAGGUCUCCUGUAAACAUUACACACUAAAUUAUAAUGCCAUUAUUCCCUUUGUGUACCGUUUGAAAUAUUCUUAUUUGUAAGAAUCAAAGCAGGAAAAAAAUAUUAGUGGGAAAACCAUAUUUAUUUCAUGGAAACGACAGCUUGGGUAAAACUUUAAAAGUAAACUAAAUAAUUUUAUGAAAGAAUGUCUCUUUUAAGUAAAAAUUUAAUUCUUCUGUUUUCUAGUGCUAUUGUUCUUCCUAGGUAAAAUAUGCAAGUUGUGGGCUUCUCCCACAAACAUUUUAUUGGGGCUCAUGACGUAAAACUAAGCAAAGGCACAGAAAAGCAUUUAAUAAAAUGAAAUCUCUACUUGUACGAUUUCUUGGAUCUGGGUGCUAUUUACAGGAAAUAUAACAAAAACAAGUUUUUGUGGCAAAGAAAAUGAUAAAAAAAAAAAAUCCGUUUUAUGUGUUUACACCAAGGUAUUGAAGUAGAUAACUACUGACUACUGCAUCUCUUAUUCGCCCAUGAAAUUACAUGUUGUGGUGUAUCUGAAAAUAAAAUAAUUCAAGGCUGGCAAAAACAUUUGCUCCGAGCACUAACUUACCAAUACUGUGCAGCCUUAUAUUGUUUGGAGGUAGAUAGUUGAUAGAAUAGUGCUUGGGGCAUUCAUAGAUUUGGAGUAGUGUAUUACUGUUACUAUGGUUCCUACAAUUUGGCCCUAAACACUAACUCUAAUAUAUAAUGUAACUGCACAUAGGUUACAAGAAUAUAUUUUUGGGAACAUGCCCAACCCUGUUAAGUUUUAUCAAGGGGAGAGACUAUAUGAUGCCUAGCAUUUGAUUGUGUGGCAGUUCCCAUCAUGCUUGGCCAUAAAGUGGUUUAAAGGAUCACUAUAGGGUCAGGAGCGCAAACAUGUAUUCCUGACACUAUAGUGUUAACAUCACCAUCUAGACCCCCUGGGCCUCUCAUGCCUCCAUAAAUAUAGCAAAAUCUUACUGUAUUCAAGCCAGAAGCUGUAACUCUGCAUGCUGUUUGCCUAAAAAAACAAACAAAAAAAAACAAGCAGUCUGCUGACAUCAUCAGAAGUGGUAGCCUGAUCCACUCACAAUGCUUCCCCAUAGGAUUGGCUGAGACUGACAAGGAGGCAGAUCAGGGGCAGAACCAGCAUGAUUCAAACACAGCUCUGGCCAAUCAGCAUCUUCUCAUAGAGAUGAAUUGAAUCAAUGAAUCUCUAUGAGGAAAGUUCAGUGUCUGCAUGCAGAGGGAGGAGAUACUGAAUGUUUGGAUGCAUUUUAGGCAGCCAUGACCCAGGAAGGAUCUCUAACAGCCAUCCGAGGAGUGGCCAGUGAAAUUAUCCCUAGGCUCUAAUGUAAACACUACAUUUUCUCUGAAAAGAUAGUGUUUACAGCAAAAGGCCUGAAGGUAAUGAUUCUACUCACCAGAACAAAUUCAAUAAGCUAUAGUAGUUCUGGUGACUAUAGUGUCCCUUUAACAUAUUUAGUGUGGCAUUGUACAGCUAGUGAACGAAUACUGCUUCUGACUUUGGUAACUUACCAAGCUCAUUGUCUAAUUAGUAGAGCAUUUGAGUGGUGCUUCCCAGUUUAGUUGUUGCAGGUUCACUUUGGGACAGAUGCUAAGAAGGGAUACAUGCCAGUCAUUUAAUACAGCUUUAAAAAGAUUCUUAUGUAGUCUAUUCCAUAUGGUCUCUGGAAUUAAAUCAAAGUUCACUACAAGAUCUUUUUGUGCACCUGGAAGUCUUUAAUUCUUCCACACUAAACAUUUACAGCAGAACACUCACUCCUGAAACAAAAUGGCUAUUAUUCUGUGAUUUGUGAAAUGCUGUUUAAACCUCACAUUAUGUGUAUACCUUUUUAUGGCAAAGGACAUCAUUUGGUUUAAUAUCUUCCUAGUUUAAAAAAAACAAAAAACGUAAGCAAACUCAAUAGUGCUUGAUGCAUUUAGAAAAAGUUAUAACAAAAUGUAAUUUGGUACACAGUAAAUUUUGGAGGUCUUCACUGCAAGUGCAAUCUUAAAGGAAGACCUAUCGGACUUAAAGGGACACUAUAGUCACCUGAACAACUUUAGCUUAAUAAAACAGUUUUGGUGUAUAGAACAUGUCCCUGCAGCCUCACUGCUCAAUCCUCUGCCAUUUAGGAGUUAAAUCCCUUUUGUUUAUGAACCCUAGUCACACCUCCCUGCAUGUGACUUGCACAGCCUUCCAUAAACACUUCCUGCAAAGAAAGCCCUAUUUAGGCUUUCUUUAUUGCAAGUUCUGUUUAAUCAAGAUUUUCUUAUCCCCUGCUAUGUUAAUAGCUUGCUAGACCCUGCAAGAGCCUCCUGUAUGUGAUUAAAGUUCAAUUUAGAGAUUGAGAUACAAUUAUUUAAGGUAAAUUACAUCUGUUUGAAAGUGAAACCAGUUAUUUUUUCACGCAGGCUCUGUCAAUCAUAGCUAGGGGAGGUGUGGCUAGGGCUGCAUAAACAGAAACAAAGUGAUUUAACUCCUAAAUGACAGUGAAUUGAGCAGUGAAAUUGCAGGGGAAUGAUCUAUACACUAAAACUGCUUUAUUUAACUAAAGUAAUUUAGGUGACUAUAGUGUUCCUAUAAUGUAUAGUUUUCAGUGUGUAGCACAUGGCCCACAAAAGUGUGUUGGCCAGAGUGUCAUUUUUACGUGGUGGGGUGGUAGAAGUGUCUGAAUAAGUCAGAUGAUUUCGAAGUGUGUUUUUCAGGGAGUUGUUGAGGAAGAGAAUGAUAGAUGAUUGAUUAGUAGUACCAAGGUAUAUUGGGAAGCUGUCAUUAGUUUGAGAGGAGCAGGAGGAAUAAGAAUGGGCAAAUGCAGUAAUAAGAAGCUGGGCUGUUUAUGUGCUUUGUCCUCUGGGUAUGAUGGUGCACGCACAGUGCCGUCAUGGUCACUGUAGACAAUCAUUAAAGGGACACUAUAGUCACCCAGACCACUUCAGCUCAAUGAAGUGGUCUGGGUGCCAGGUCCCCCAGGUUUUAACCCUUCAGAUGCAAACAUAGCAGUUUCAGAGAAACUGCUAUGUUUACAUUUGGGGUUAAGCCAGCCUCUAGUGGCUAUCUACUGGACAGCCACUAGAGGUGCAUCUGCGACGCUGGAGGCAAAUUUCGCCUCCAUUGUGAAGAGCGUCCAUAGGAAAGCAUUAAGAAAUGCUUUCCUAUGGACACUUUGAAUGCGCGCGGCACUUGCUGCGCAUGUACAUUCGGCUCUGCUGGUGUUGACUGGGGAGGAGAGGGGUUUUAACCCCUUCAGCGCCACGGGAGGGGGACCCUGAGGAUGGGGGCACACUCAGGGCACUAUAGUGUCAGAAAAAACGCUUUGUUUUCCUGACACUAUAGUGAUCCUUUAAGAAAAAUGAUUCUCUAUGGAAAAAUUAUAGGCGCAUUGUGGCAAGCGCAGCUCCUAUGAGGAGCAUUAGAUUGGAGGCACAACUCCCUCACCCUCCCCUCCAUCCCCCCCAUUGAUAGUGUGUGAACGCCAUUUGAAUGAGAAAGUGACUUGUUCUUUACUUCUUUUGAUACUCUUUUAGGAUCUCCAAUAUUGCUGUACGCUAAUCGCAAUGACCUGCGGCUUGUGGAUGCUAAUGGAAUGAAGAACUCCACAGUAGUGGUCAGUGGGCAAGAGGAUGCUGCGGCUGUGGACUUUUUGUUUUUCCGGGGAUUAAUAUAUUGGAGUGAUGUAAGUGAGGAAGCAAUCAAAAGGAUACAUUUUAAUAAAACUGGGAGCACACAGGAUGUUGUCAUCAGUGGUCUGCUUUCGCCAGAUGGACUGGCUUGUGAUUGGUUAGGAGAGAAACUGUACUGGACAGACUCUGAAACAAAUCGAAUUGAGGUUUCUAAUCUGGAUGGAUCUUUACGGAAAGUAUUAUUCUGGCAAGAACUUGAUCAACCUCGAGCAAUAGCAUUGGAUCCUAUAAGAGGGUAAGUGUUGUAGUGAUUUUCUUUCUUUUUUUUUAGUUUGGUGUGAAUUUUUCAUUGCAGGUUCAUGUUUGGAUGUAUUCCAAUGCAAUCAAAUUUUCAUAUGUCAUAUAUAGAAAAAUUAUAUAUUGCACAAGGAAUUUUUGGUUCAUUACAUACACCUCCUCUCCAGUGCCAAAUGUGCCACUAAUUUUCCAAUUUUCAUCUUUGAUAGACUAAUAAAGGAACACUGCAGGCACCAUAAUAACUUAACUCAAAUUAAUUUAUGGUACCAGGAGGUCAGUGGCGCUGGCUCACCUUUAGGUUUUAAACUGCUCACAAAUGGUUUAACCCCCAAAAUCUGUGUUCCAGCUCCAGAUUGCCCAAUAUGUCCUUUAUCUGAAAUCCUAGAUAAUAGGCUCAUGCAGGGGUGCCACAGAUUGGAUGUGAGUGAUCAACUGACGCUGUAAGCCAGUUAGUAGCGAUGCUGCCCAAGCCUUUUAUUAUCUAGGAUUUAACAAAGCAAAAGGACAGUGGGGCAGUGUGAUCCGAUGCUGGGACACAGACUGUAGGGUAAAACUGUUUGUGAAGGUGAGCCAGCGUCAGGAACCUCCUGACACCGUAAAGAUAACAUGCCAUUUAAGUUGUUAUGGUCCUAAACUGGUUCUUUUUAAGGAGUUUUUUAUUUUUUGUUAUUGUGGUUAAAACCUUGAAAAGCCUAUGCCCAACCUUUUGAUAAUAUAUCUGUUGUUAUUAUAAUAUCCUAAUAUAUAUGUAUUGUGAACUCUGUUCAAAAACAUCAUUAUCAAUACAUGUAUAUAUUAUUUUUGUUGAAUGCCUGUGUUUGUAACUCGCAAGGGAACUGUACUAUAACUUUCUAGCACCAGCAGUACUGCAAUAUGCCAUUGUGGUUAUAGUGGUGGUAUUGUAACUUUCUGUGGUGUUAAUAAAAAGGGAAUAUUCUUUCCUUGACAUUUUAGCCUUUUAUUUUAUGUUCCCUCUGUUAUUUUAAAUGGGCUGCUUAAUCAAUGCCUAAUUUGCCCCCUCUCCUGCCACCCCACUUUUUUUAUUUUUUUGGGUGGAGGAAUACAAUAAUAAUGCUUGGCAGUGUUUGAGUCUAAUCUGCUUUCCAUUUAUAUGCUCUCCACUCUGAAAUGUUUUUCUUUGAAGCAUAGCCAUGCGCACUCAGCAAUGUGCAAUCAGGCGCUUACUGUUGCCAAACUUGGAAACCUCAUCAGAUGAUGACAAAUUAAUUUGGAUUUUUCCCUUUUACCUCCAAGGAUGACUGAUAAACUUGCAUCAUAUGUUACAAUUAUUUUCUUCCUGCUUCAUCUCUUCUCUUUCUCCCCCCCCCUCUUUAAUGCAGUGCAUAUAGAAUUAAGUAAUCCAGGGGGAGGCAUAAGUCUGACAGCUGCUAGAGGCGCUUACGCGCUUCUCACUGUGAAAAUCAUAGUGAGAAGACACUGAUAUCCAUAGGAAAGCAUUGAGAAAUGCUUUCCUAUGGACUGAUUAAAUGCGCAUUUGGCGGAUGACAUCGGAAGAGGGAGGAGAGUUCCCCAGCGCCGAGGGAGCCUGGCGUUGGAGAAAGGUAAGAAUUAAACCCCUUCCUCCCCCUUCAGUCCGGCGGAAGUGGGACCCAGAGGGUGGGGGGGGCAAAGACCCUAUAGAGCCAGGAAAACGAGUUUGUUUUCCUGGCACUACCUUUAAAUAAGGAAAUGUCUUUAUCUUUGUACUCUGUGUGGGUUUUUUUUUUUCAAAAUGAUGCAAUUUUAGCAAGUGCUAACAAACUGUUUGGCAAUAUUUUCUUGCACAGUAAGCAUUGUGCUUGAGGAAAAUUGUUUAUUUCUGGCACUUGUGAAUCCAAAUAAGUAGCUGUCGUUCUAGUUUCUUCUCUUUGUUUUAGAAGAAAAUUGGGUAGCAUUGUGGGCUUUUCUUUUUAACUUUGACUUGUCACUUGUCUCUGCUAUUUGAGGAACAGUAAAUUCAACUAUUUCAGACAUGAUUUCUUGUUGUAUCUUUUUUCCCUCAGUUUCAACAAGUGACGAACAGUUUGCAAGAAUAAUACUUUUUCUCUUGAUAGUUCCUUGUUUCAACCAGAUGUCCAAAUUCAUGGUUUUUGGUUGGUAAAAUAAACAACAUUUCUCUAACCUGAAAAACAAAUAAAUCAGAUUUCACUACCUGACUGUUUUUGACAAAUCCCGGUCGCCAGGGCCGUCUAUAAUAUGAAUAGGACCCUGGGCAAAUCAUUUUCUUAGGCACCCUGACAGACAUACUGACACGCACACACGCAGAUACAUACUGACACACAAAUAUAUACUGGCAGACAUAUUGACACACGUUCAGACAUACAUACAUACACACACACACACACACAUACAUACAUACACUGACAGAUAUACAGACAUAUACUAGCAGAAACACUGAAAUACAGACGUAUUGACACAUACACAGACAGACAUACUGACACACAUGAUACAUUUAGCCACCCUCCAGGUUCUUACCUUUUUCUGGAGGGUGGUUUCACUGGGGUCCAGUGGCAGGCUGAGACAGUUGGGAGUUAUCUUCUGGAACUCCCCUCCUCCCUGCCUUCCUCCUCCCAUGCGGCUCCGGUGGAAGGGACGUGACGCACAGCACUCACUUCCUCUCUGCCGGCUGCCGAACAGGAAGGGGCCGGUUGCGCUGUUUAAGCGCCACAGCGCUCAAUCAGGCCCCUGUUGACACAUGACCAGCAGGUGGCCUUUAGUGUAUGGGCCACCCCGGGGGCCUCCUUAGUGUGCGGGGCGGCGCGGCUCUGUGCAGCUGCACCGCCUGGUCCAAUGGCGGCGUAAAUCUUGGGACCCACUGGGCAGGUGCUCUGGGGGCUCCCCAGGAGCAACUGGGCCAAGGCAGCUGCCCCGUCUGCCACAUGUUAAAUACGGCCCUGGCCAGGGUGACUCGAAACUUUGCCCUGGCACCUGGGAUUUGCCAGCUCUUUAAUGUGGCUGCCGAGGGAGCUUUGAAGGCAACCCCUGCUGAACAGCAUGGAGCCGGGUGCCUCCUUGCUCCCGCGGGUGGCAGGCAGAGGCAGCAUGGAGCCGCCCGCGGGAGCAAUGAGGCAGCCGGCUGAGGCAGCAUGGAGCCGGCCGUCCACAGGAGCCUGGAGCAAGGCAGUAAAAUAAAUCCUUUCUCCUGUGGCCAAUAUAGUGAGCUGAGCGUCUGCCAGAAUGCUUCCACUCUCUAUCACUGACGGCAGGCAUGCACAACGAUCGCAGUUGGGCGAUCUCUGCUCUUUUCGACCUUCCGGAAACAGCUGGGAGCCACAGCCAUCUUGGAUGUGGCAAUUCAAGGCGGAAACCCAAAUUUGUUUUUGCGGAACACCAAUAGGGAAAUGCUGCAUUAAGUUAAACAAUUCUUAUGCCAAUGUGUUCCUUUAUAAUUCUGGAAGGUCACUAGUAAUACCCAAGUUUGAUCGAUAUUGGCAGUCUCAAACUGUUUUACAUCCAAUUUUUAAAAAAUUUCCUCUGCAGAGGGGCCUUGAAAAAAAAAUACCAGCCACAAAGGCCUGUGCAUAGCCUUAGGGAAUAUACUCGUUGCUGCAUAAUCGUGAAGCAUCUUUGAGUAAAAUAACAUGUUUACAACAUGUGAAGCUUUAUUUACCUUAAUUUGAGCCGCAGCUGCUUGCAUCCUGCAGCCUCAUAACCAUUCCUAAAUAGAAAUUUGCUCUGCAGAUCUACCCCAGAAAUAUAAAUUCCGCCCAUCCCCCAGUUCCUGUGUUUGAUUCAAGUAAUCCCUCCAGUGUAUAUGUAUAAAUGUGAGUUGGAGCCACAGACCAUGGGAAGACAGAGCAGAGAAAGCAGUUAUAAAAUGUGGUUGCAUAUAAUGAGCGCUAUUUUAAUUAAAACAAUCGUGUGUCACUUAAACCUUGUAUGCGUUUAAUGAAAUGUAUGGCUGUGAAAGCCUGAGCUAAGCUGAAGCAAAAAACCCAGAAAAACUUUUAUCAUCUUAACCUGACAAAGUGUGAAUGAGAACCUCCAGGAAAUUGUGUUUUUACACCUACAGAUCUCACGACUCUCUGAAUCAGCUUUACUGGUUUAAAGGAGAUGGAAGUAAAUUUAUAUCUCAGUCUAGAGAACACAAAGCCUUCAUACAGUGAUGCUUUUAUUGAAUUCUCGUCACUCACUAGGUUUCUUGUUUCUGUUCUCUGUCCCACAUUUCUCAUUGUAUUCAAAGUUGAACAUAUUAUGUAUCUUUCUUCUUGUUACUCCCUGGAAAAAAAAUAUGAAGAAUAAUUUAUGGUAAAAACUACUCCCUGUUUUUAAUGCAUUCUAGAAAAAUAUACAUAAAAAAUAUAAUCUACCUUUUUAGGUUUCCUGCAUUGCACUAUUUAGUGGGAGUGUGUCGGCCUGCAUCUUCCUAUAUAAGACAGAAUCAUAUACCAUUCCGUUAACCCCCAUUGUGCAGACCUUAUUAGUAGUUUAUCCACAAGAUCAGUUCCAUUUACCCUGUGGAAUGAGUGGAUCUUAUCUGUAACCUGAUAGCAGCCAUACAUCGAUUGUGCUUUAAUACAGUUGUGACAGAGCAAGAUAAAUAAGUAAAUAUAGUGCCCUCGGUGCAGAUAAGUAGGGCCAGAAGUUCUUGAGAGGCCACAACAGCAUAGACAAGUCAUUCAAUGACAUACAUAGUUUAUAUAAAGCAUGGCAUAUAUGAAAGUUGCACACAAAAAAAAAAGUAAAUAAACAUGCUAGGCAGUCCUGUCUAACAUUAGUAACAUGGGGCAUAGGCAGGCUAGGCUUAACAUAAAGCAGGCAUGAGGUUCAGAGACACACAUGGCUAGCUGAAUUAAAAGAUUGUAUGCAAAGACAGAAGCCCUGAACUUGCUGAGGUAAUGGGCUGCCUAUAAGAUUGAGUUGACAGAGUGCUUAAAAUAUGGAAGUAUUCAAACUUUAAGAAAGUAUACAAUUAAUAAUAAUAUGUAACGAGUUGUGUUAAAGGAAAGACCGUCUCCCGCUAGCUAGUGGGACCCUUAAGGGGGUAGGUGCGUGAGGUAAGUACUGGACAUUAUGAUUUUGAAAAUUUAAGAGCCUGGUAGUGACUUCUAAUCAUUGCGGUGUUAUGGUUUAGAGUGGGCCUGAUGACCUUAUUCAGUGUUGCUAGCAAUCUCCGUGAUAUGCAGGUUUUCUGGUUUCAGGUGGGCAGGCCAGUUCUGUGAAGUGGCCCAGAUUACUGUAGUGCAUGGACUAGCGGGAUUGCCAAUGGUGCCCAAUAACUCCUAGGCACCAAGGGGGGUAGGGAGGUAGAGAAAUUUUGCAUUUUAUAAUUUGCGCUUAUAAUCUGGCCGAGGCUGAGGAAGUUAACUAAAACUGAAAGACAGAACAGUGGAAAGGAAAGUAAAUACAAAAAAAGAGAACAUUUUUAUAAAAAAAAACUAUUGAAAGUUCUUCUUUUAAAAAGGUCUGUGUAACGUUUCUAGCUCCAUCUGCUGCUUCUUCUCUGGGGCGCAAUGACCCGAUGUAGUUCUGGUUGGUUCAGCCGUUUUCUUUUGCUGAGCGAGGCACAAAUCGGACUAUUCUGGAGACGUCCCAAGAGCUGUUAGCUGAGUAGGCACCAGGUUUAGGUCUUAUUAGGCAGAUUGCCUGAAGAAAAGAAUUAGAGUCCUCCAGCGAUGAUUCGGUGUACCACUCUAUCCUUGCUGCCCAGGAGGGUGCGGGGUGCCCCAUCUGUAGCUUUUCCUCCGCCUCUUCCCUCCCCCCUCCCCCCCAUCCCACCUGCUCGAACACCAGACACUGAGACCUUUUGAAUCGAGCGCCGCCAGUCUUGUUUGGCUCUGCACAGAUCUGCUUGGAAUGUCAGACCUAUAUGGGCUUUUGGCCUUGAGCACCUCCACCACCGCCAUCUUAUCCUGAAAUGUCAGAAAUCGUAGCAGGACGUCGCAGGAGGCUUCUGCCGGCACACUGUUGGAUUUAGGAAGGCGGUGUGAGCCCUAUACCAACUUAAUUUUGAGCAACCGGGGGCGGGGAGGAUAUCCGUGAGAAGUGGGCGGAUGAAGUGGGGCAAUUCCACGUCUGUGAUAGACCUGUAUGCCUACACUAGACACAUUCCCUCACAUCUGACCAUGUCCAGGAUUUAUUUUCCGACAUUCUAUGGUACUAAUGUCUGUCCCCAGCGUACUUUUUUUAUUUUUAUUUUUUUGUUCUGCCAACAAAACUAAACAUUGUGUAAUCCGGAUAUACUAUUGUAGAACCUAUGUUUAUGGACAAGUGUUUGAGAUCCUACAGACUUACAAGUUGUUGUGGUACAGAGUAUUAUUAAAGGACCACUAUAGUGCCAGGAAAACAUACUCGUUUUCCUGGCACUAUAGUGCUCUGAGGGUGCCCCCACCCUCAGGGACCCCCUCCUGCCGGGCUCUGGGGAGAGGAAGGGGUUAAACACUCGCCUUUCUCCAGCGCCAGGUGGGGAGCUCUCCUCCUCCUCUCCGCCUCUUCUCCUCCUCUUCGGCUGAAUGCGCAUGCGCGGCAGGAGCUGCUCGCACAUUUAGCCAGUCUCAUAGGAAAGCAUUCAUAAUGCUUUCCUAUGGACGCUUGCGUCUUCUCACAGUGAGAAGCACGCAAACUCCUCUAGCGGCUGUCAAUGAGACAGCCACUAGAGGCUUUAGAGGCUGGAUUAACCUAUUUAUAAACAUAGCAGUUUCUCUGAAACUGCUAUGUUUAUAAAAAAAAAAAAAAAAUGGGUUAAUCCUAGAAGGACCAGGCACCCAAACCACUUCAUUAAGCUGAAGUGGUCUGGGUGCCUAGAGUGGUCCUUUAAAGCAUUUUAAAAUACAAGCACACCCUCCUUUAUGAACUUCUAGCAUUUUAUAGUUUAUAGUUUAUUACAUGAAAACGAAGGCAUCUGAAGUAAAUGUUUCUUGCUGAGGAUAAUGUGUGUGACAACCAGCUGUAGAUGCGAUUUCUGCUUAUAGCAAAAAAUACUCAUGUAACCACAAAGAUUGUCUUCAAUAAUCAUUUUAAUCCUUAAGCCUGUCCAAAAUGAUUCCAUUUUAUAUUCCUUUUUCACGUUUUCUUCACAUUUUUUUUCUUCUUCUUAGAGGAGGCAUAAAAAGGGUGGGUUUUGAAGAGGAGGGGUUGUGCCGACGCGGGAUAAGUCCCAGACUUGGAAUGCUUUUGAACUUGAGUGCAAAACACAAAGCACCAAAUGGAGCAUGUGUUGAUGUACAGCUGAGCGCAAAGCUUCUAUUCGAUCCCAAAGCUGGUGUUGUGCUCACUGUUUAAAACAUUCCUUUUCAGGGGAGAGGGCUCUUUCCUUUCAUGCUUGGUGCUCGUCCAUCAUACAUCCAAUUUGUCUUCUUUUGAGAGUUUGAUUUGGGGUGGGGAGAAGGGCUUGAGAGAGGCAAAGCUUUGCAGAAUAAUGUUGAUGUGAUGUCAUCUGCUCUCACGAAAACAUUGUUUCUGUAGCCAGUCAAGACCUCAGUUUCCAGUAGCAAUGGCUAUAUAUUGCCUGACAGAAAUGGCUUAUCCUUGUUCCUAAUAUUCACUCAGUUCAUUGAUUUGCUGUUCUACUGUAUGGUACUUGAUCCUAAAUAUGUUGCUUGUGCAUGUAAAUAUGUAUAUUUACACGUGUGUGUGUGUGUAGCGUUUUUCAAUUUUUUUACAUUUAUUUAAAGGGACACUAUAGUCAUCAGAACAACUACAGCUUAAUGUAGUUGUUCUUGUGAGUAUAAUAGCUCCCUUCAUGUAAACACUGCCUAUUUAGAGAAAAGGCUGUUUUUACAUCUCCAAGUAGCAACUCCUCAGAUGGCCACUGGAGGGGCUUCCUGGCUCAGGGCUGCACAGUAAGCAGCACUGCUGUUCAGUGUCCCCACGCUCUGCAUGGAGACGCUGAAUUUACCUCUGAGGAGGUCCUGAUUGGCGAAAAUUGCAUUUGGCCCCUCCCCGUGCCAAUUUUAGCCAAUCCUUUUCCUAUGGGAAUGCAUUGGAUUGGAUGGACCCGCGCGACGCUGGAAGUGAGAUGAGUUUUAUAUUUUUUAUAGGAGGGCUAAGGGGAGGCAAGCCACCUGAAUGGUGGGUUAAACACUUUAGUGUUAGGAAUAGAUGUUUGUGUUCCUGACCCUAUAGUGAUCCUAUAAAUAUGGAAAUCGCUUUUUUAUAUUCUUCAAGGCAGAGUCUUCUGUUUGAAUAAAGUACUGAAGGGUAUUUUAACACAUUCAACAAUAUUCCAGCUUUACGUUCUACAGAUGUCUUUUAAGGGAUGUGUUUGUACUAAAAUGCUCUUGAAAUAAAACACUGUUUUGUUACAUGUGACAGCUUCUCUCACUUGUCGAGCUUCCAAGUGUCCCUAUUUUUGUCUAAAUCCCCCUGUACCUAUUUUCUAGGAGUUCCAUAUUGUUGGUGUGUCUGUAUAACAGAGCUACCCAGCAAUAUUCACGGUAAUGUGUCUUUUUACAGGGUUACCUUUACUACUUAAAGUGUUGUGUUUUUUUAUUUUUAUGGGGAUUCCCCAAUAAUUCGUUUAAAACCAAGUUGAAACUGUACCUAAAUUGGCCCUGCUAAUCAAACCUGGCAAAUUUCUCUGUUCCCUAGUGGGUGGAGAUUUUCCAAACGUUGUAUACAAAUCUUGUGGUUUACAGAACACAUUAUGUAUGAUUCUAAUAAUGACUUGCUAAUUGAAGGUGGUAUGGCUGUCUGUUUAAACUUGUCAUUUGAAGGUGGAACAUUGUAAAUUAUAAAGCUUAACUGUGCACAACAUUCUCUUAGGUAUGGUAAUCCCUAUAUAAGACAAACAUACUCUCCCAAGAGUUUCUGUAGAUCUUUUACCUCUGUCGAUGCAAUGUUAACCCUUACAAAUCCUUUUUUCAAUUUUUUUUGUUUUAACAUUCAGUGAAUGAUCUAAAUGUUGUUACUCUGAUGUUCGAAGUGCCAGAUAGUAGAGAUCGACCGAUAUAGAUUUCUUUAGAGCCGAUACCAAUAAUCGGUGAGCUUUUAGGCCGAUAGCCUGUACAUUUACCAUUUUGAAAAAAAAAAAAAACAUUUCUACACAAAUGUAAGGUUUAUGGAACAUGUUUUUUUUUUUUUUUCUGCAAAUCUUUCUUUUUAUUAAGUGGUAAAUACACACAAUAUACAUGCCAGUUAGAAUUCUUUUUUUUUUUGUUUCCAAGAAUAUUUAGUGUUCCUCUCCCUUCCCUGUCCCUUCGUGUACCUCUCCCCUCUCUUUGUGUACUUCUCCCUUUACCUCCCCUACCUGUCUCUUAGUGGUCUCCUGCCCUCUCUCCCUCCAUGUCCUUUAGUGUGCUUGUGUGUCCAAAGAGACAAUGUGGCUGUAGUGUGAGGGCAAUAUUAUGCAAUAUUCCUGCUCUUCCCUCCAGACACAAACCCAUACAAGACCAUAAUACAACCAUACAGAAGUAGAAAUGUAAUGCUGCUUUUAGUCGGCUAAUACUUAUGAACAAGGUCAACAUUUUAAUCCCGUAAAGACUUUUAUUAAGCAGCAUUACUUUUUUUUGGAUUUACAAGCCCUCUAGUGCAAACCCACUUCUUAGCACGCAACUGAGUGAUUGGGGUCUAAUGUAUUUUUGAGAGAAACAUAGACUGUGCGUGGAAUAAAGUCAUAUUCAGAAAUGUUAUUCUCUUACAACAUGCUUUUAUUUUAUCUGUAACUUCAUUAUUUGAUAAUUUGUUAAAGUCCAACCAUUUGUUUUGUGUUUCUUUCCAUUAAAUAAUGUUCUGUCUGCAUCUAUUGCAAUGAAAAUCCAUUUUAAAUUUUACUUUCCAGAAUACCAAACUUAUCUGAUUCUGGUGGUGUUUUUUUUUUUUUUCUCAAUUUUUUUUUGUUCCCCUCCCUGACUGCUUGUUAGUAAAGGGGUUAAGUAAUUUUAUGGUUGGUUAUUCACUGUAAGACCUACAACCAUAUAAUGCUCAUCAGAAGAAGUUGUAGCAUACAGAAUAUUUUUAUAUAAUCUCUUAAUUUUUUUCUUCUUGCAUCUAGAUACAUGUAUUGGACUGAUUGGGGAGAGAUGCCAAAGAUUGAACGUGCUGGUAUGGAUGGAUCCUUGAGAUCUGUCAUUAUAGACAGUGACAUUUACUGGCCUAAUGGCCUGACGUUGGAUUACGAGGAGCAAACACUUUACUGGGCAGAUGCAAAACUUAGCUUCAUUCACAAGUGUAACCUGGAUGGAACAAAUAGGUAAGUGAAACAGAUGUUUUCUUCUUGAUUGUGAAUGUUUGACUUUAAUAUCUGGUGCAAAUGUGUGAUGCUAUAUCGUCUGCAUUGUAUAUAACCCUACUGUACUAAUUCCUGCAACUUGCUGAAUUCACAUGACUAAUAGUUGUGGGAGUUCUGCAAGCGAAAGGUCGUUGUAUGUGCUAUUAAAUUUAGUAUAUGUAAAAGUUAUGUGCGGUGAUAACAUGUUGUCAUGUGUAUAAAGUUAGAAUUUAAAGUCAGAAUUUCGUAAUAUCGCUUUGUAUUUUAUAGCUGUCUAUAUUUCUUGAAAUCAGGACAGGUUUUUGGGACAAUCUAAGCACUGAUAGAUAUAUAUAUAUAUAUAUAUAUAUAUAUACACACACACACACACACACAGUGUCUAUUGGCAAUAUUUGAGAGCACUUUAACAAAAAUCAGGGCUCUCCAUAGCACCAAUAGAUUGCCCCUUCCUAAUCCACAUUGAUGAUGCUAACUUCACACUUCCAUAAUUUUGUUUUAAUCUUGUCCAACUUGGAAUGCAGUGAUGGGCUGAACUCUCUGGGGGAAGGUUAGCUCAAUGCUCACUCAAUCAUGAUAUACAUAUCGUAUUGAAACUGCGAUAUGAAUGCAAAAUGUAUAUAUUGUGUGUUUUUGUUCCCCCUUCAUUUCUUCAAAUAUCUAUCAUUUUGAAGACUAGCUGAAAGAUGCUCAUUUUCAGAAUAGACUGAUUUAUUGCUGCCUGUGUGGCAUGGUUGUGAUAGAAUUCUACUUUGGCACUGUCAUUGGACAUAAAGUUCCAGGCACAUGGUCAAAAUGGGUGUGCAUUUGGAAAUGUAUUUGAAAGAAUUUGUCUAUUCUCUAACUGUAAGCAAAUGGAUAUUAAUAAUUUGUCAUUUGUGAGUGCAUUUACAGGGCUGAUACAUUCUGGGGUAUCUGUAACAAAGGUAUUGAAGUAGCUUACAAAAUGUAGUCUAGCUUUUGAUCCUGUUAGGAUAGGUUGAAUAUAGAACCACUUUGAAAAAUAACCUGACUCCGAUCUGCAUUGACCACAUACCUACUGUCCUGUUUCUUAUUCCCUGGAAGGCUCACUGUUUGUGUAAACAGUUGUCAGCUUGCUUGAACUGCUUUUGCACGUUUGACAAUUGAUUUGCCCACUGAGAAUCUUUUUUUUUUUUUAAACAAGGUUAACAUGGACCUCCAAGAAACAUCUAGAAGCACGUCUAAUACUCUUCUUAUUCUUUAUCAUGUGGGGGUUUUUUUUGUCGUCUCCCCCUUUAAAAUAAACAGGUACAUCCCAUUCCUCUAUUUCCCCUUUUCAAAUUUUUCAAAGCCUAGUACAGUUCUUCUCCCCCUCCCUUCCUCCCUCCUUGCUGAAGGUCACAAAUCUGAUGUGUGCUUCAAAGUGGUCUGAACAGUAGGCUUUGAAACAUAGAGAAGAAGUGGUGCUGGCUUUAUAUGUGUAACUGUUUACUUUCUCUUGACUUAAGUAAAAAUUGGCUUUAUUAGUUGCAGAAGUUUUAAGAAAAUAUAAAUGAAUACACUUUGCAUCAAAUGGCAGGUAGUGUUAGUUCAUGGGCCAUUAGCAUUCUACUCAUUUCACUUUGCAUAUUAGUCAAUCAUAUGUCUGCACUAGAAUUAUAUUAUCACAUGACUGGAUAGAAAAGAGGCAUGAUCUAUACCGCUCUAUUGUUUGUGUUUAAGCACAGAAAUAAGAAAAACACCUUUCCUAUGCUUUCGAAAGGGAGCCCAACCACCUAGACAGACACCCACAGUGGCACACACUCAUUGAUUUGAGAGACACACACACUUUCUUUACUCUCCCUCUGCCUGCCGGACACCUUCACUCUCCCUCGACUGGCCACCUAGAUUUGUCGAGCCCUGGCUUAGUGUCCCUUAUUAAAAAUUCACUGCAGAGAAGAUUUUUAAAGUGGUUAAAAAUGAAAAGGAUCCCACAAAAUGUAGACAAAGUAACCCCUAUGGAUGCCUAAACAUCUACCUCGUUCGUUCUCUGUCAAAAUAUUUUAUUAAACCGUUGACAAGUUUGUAAGCUUUUUUUUUUUUUUUUGGAGGGAAAUCUUUCCACCAAUCCCUGUAGUGCUAAGGCCAGCUUUCUGUGUUCUUUGCAAAGUACUUUGAAUAAUUAUGGAUGUUUCUAGAUUCUUGCCAAAUUCUUAUUUUUUUUUUUUUUUUCUUAAACAUUUAUAUAUUUUACACAGUGAUGGAACAUGCAUCUAUCCUGCACACAGUGAAUUUAUGAUAUGCAGUUAACUUGGCAAUUGUGGACACCCUCAGAUGUAACAAAAAAGAAAUAAGCUAUAGUUUGAUAGAAACUGGUGACAAAUAUUACCUCUUGAAAUAAGGAGUACGUUAUACAGUGUCAUGAAUUGUAUAGUAAGGAAAAACCAGGAGUAGUCUGUGCUUUAUUUUUAGCCUGCUAACAAUUUCUAUUUUUAAUUCAUUCCCCCACCUCCAGGGGUUGGUGAACCCAAAUUUGUUUUAUUUGUAAGUACCAAAUGGUUCCAGCUGUGAGGUUUCUCUCCAGAGCUGAUCCUUGCAGCCAAACUUGUUUACUUUAGCCCUGCUGCUCACCUCUCCAGGGUCUGUUUUUCAUUGCUCCCUGUGUCUGAUUACACUUGUGAUAAUCUUACCAGCUACAGGCAGGAAAUACUAAUGGACAGCAGAAGUAGUUUUUUUGUGAUUUGCCAUAAAGUCCCCUUUGUUUUCCUGCUUUUGCAAGCUGAUUACAUAAAGAGGUCCUUGUGACUCGAUUCUAUUGAGUAGACCGCUUUUUCCUCUUUUUGUCGAAAGAGCGUGGAUUGCAUAUGUAAUGUUCCAACAGAGUGUAUGGUAUACAAAUAGCAUUUUAUUUUGUUAUUCUGGGCACCAAAACUUAGACAAAAACCCCAGCUUGUAUAUAAUUGCCUUUGUGGAAAUAGCCCUGGCUUAUUGAGAACCUGAGUGUAUGUAAAUUUUUCUUUUCACUGUGUUAAGCCCCCAUCCUUAUUGAACUUGUGCCUGAGUAACAGAAUGUUGCAUUCUAUAUUCAAAGUAACAAUGCUGCUGUUUUAAUCUGGAAAACUAAUAAGCUAUGUCAUGCAGGUUGGAGCAUGUGUUUAUGUGGAUAUAUAGUCUCUAUGGAAGACCAAAGAUUUCAGCAUGGGAAAGGUUACCCUUUCAGAUCAGUGGAAAGGUAUACAAAUUACUGGUUAGUGGAAAACAUGGAUGCUCCUCUAAAAUGUUGAAGGAAAGAAAAUUUAUGGCAAAGGAAAGAGCUGGGGGGGAAAAAGUGAAAACGAUUAAGGAUGGUUUGAGAAAAGGUGCUACUGCAUUCCUCAGAAUUUAAUCUUUUAACCCAUUAAGGACCUGAUGCUGGACAAAGCAAAAGACCAGAUUGUUAUAGCAUUGGCUUUAACUGGUCCCUAAAUUAUUUAGGUAGUCCAAAGAUUGUGACCAAAAUGAGUACACAGAUUUAAGGACUGGUAAAUGAAGUGUGUUAAUUUAUCAAUCUGUACUUUAUUAGCAUUGGAACUUGGAAGGUGUUGCCAAUUGGGGCCAGUAUGCACCUUUGAUUUUCUACCAUAACUACACCAUAACUGUUGGCCAAGUUGUCCUUUAGUGAAUAGAAUAGGCAUGCUUUAACUGAAAAUUUUAAUCCAACGUGACCAUUCCAGCUCUGUUAUCUUGCCCCUAGUAAUCUCACUAUUAAUGCUGAAUUGUUAUUGGUGAUGUAGAAAUGUAAUCUCAUCAUGAUUAAUUCAUAUUAAGCAGGUAGAGUAAGCCUGUUUUUUUUUUUUUUGUUUUUGUUUUUUUUUCAAUUUUAUAUCAAGCAAUCUGAUAAGAAAUCAAGAAAUUAGAAUUGUAGAAAAUCUUUGGACGCAAAGGGCGCAUGUCCUGUACAUGCUGGACUUUUCAGUUAAAUCUUUCUCCGAGAGUAACAUUGAAUCCAGUGCAUAUCUGAGAAGCCUUAACACCGCUCAGUAGCUUCUCAAUGUGUGAAGUCACUGAAUUUUUUUAAUUUUUUUUAUUUUUUUUUUAAGUUUUAAUAAGGAAGUGCUUCUAGUGGCAGCCAGUCUGACUACCACUAGAGUAGGAGUGCACAAUGUUUUUAGAGAGAUGAGACUGAAAUUUUACUGCCGGCCACUGUCGUAUGAUGCCAGUGAGAUAGAUGGUUGUGCUCUUGUUCUGCACACGUACUUUUGUAUUCACACACACGGACACACAUACAGACCCACACACAGCGACACACAGACACAUAAACUGACCCAAUAUACACAGUAAUUCUUCAAGCAUUUAAAUAAGGGCUUUAGUAAACAGUGAAUUGUGCUCAAGACAACUCGACUGUCUACUUGGUUCUCCUCAACUCUCUGUUUAAUGAAUAGACUCCAUGAUGUGAUGCUUAGAGAGGCACUAAUAAUUCCUAUCUUCUUUAUACGAGAUCCUUGCUCAUCUCCUCUAAUGGCAGUAUUGUUUUAUAGUGGUUUAAUUUUAUUUUGAACAAAUCGGUCCCUCUGUCGUAAUACAACUACCUGUAACCUAUACUUUCUAUUGGAUGUCAGUCAGGCAAAAAAAUCCAGUAGGCUUUUUGUGCCGUAAACAAUCUCACUUCUCCAUGUAUUGCCGACUUGUGUCUGUAUUCUGGUACCUGUCGGUGCAAUGUGUUCUGGCUAUAAAUGGCCCAGAUGAUUUGUGUGGACUACACAGGGAUAUUGCUCUGACAUUGCAUGCCCAUUCUCCCAUAACUGCACGAGAAGGAGCUUCUCAGGAAUUCUGAGUGGACCUUGAGAAGCUCAUUUUUGUUUUGUCAUGUAGUGUAGACUUCUCCAGUGAACAGCGCAUGUAUUAAUCAUGAGGCAGCAGCUCUCCGAUGCCAUUAAGGCACCAACACUACUGGUUGGCCCUGUGGUGCCCCAUUAGGCCAGCACCAAGUGACAACAUCCCUCUUCAGUGCUCCUCUGUGGACAAGUGUUCAUGCAUUCAUGGACCAGAGUUUGCGUAUCCCUACACUAGAGGCAUUUGCUAUUACAAAUGUAAACAUUGCAGUUUUCCAAAAUGGCAACUUUUAAGUUUGUGUGGCAAAAGGAACAGCAUCUGUGCACCAAAUUUGCUACGUUUUGUUGCUUAAACUUUCUCCUUUUUUAAGGCAUUUCAUAUGACCUGAUGUGCAUCUUUGCAAUAUUCUGUGUGUCUUGUGAAUAACUGAAUGUAAUCAUGGCUAGUUUUAUUGGAAUGGUGUAUUGUAUGUUUAAUGAAUCUGUAUGAUCAUAUGUUUCUCCCUUCACAGGAGAAUGGUGAUAAAAGGUUCUCUUCCUCAUCCCUUUGCUUUGACAUUAUUUGGUGACACCAUUUACUGGACAGACUGGACAACUCACUCUAUUUUGGCCUGCAACAAGAACACAGGGGAGGAUCGACGAGAGGUGGACACAAACAUCUACUCCCCUAUGGACAUCCAUGUUUUUAGCCAGCAGCGACAGCCAAAUGGUCAGUAUUGUUUGUAUUGUGUAUGUUGUGAAAUUGUUAAAGGAACAUGUAAACCACAAAAAGCACUUCAGCUUGCAGGUGUCUGUCAUAUUUUUGCCAAUUUUUAAAAGUACUACCUUUUAUAGGUGGGGACAGAAACUCCUCCUAUACUAUCACUAAAGCAGUUUUUCUUCCUCUUUUGUUGGCUCCACAGAACUAACAGAAGUGGUAGGUGUUGAAUGCUAGUCUGCACCUGCUUUCCCCCUUCUUAAUGAGAUGUAUUACAACUUAUUCGAAAGCUUAGGAACACGACAAUCUCAUACGCGUGGUUCCAGCACAGAUGCUUCUAAAUGAGAAGCCUCUGAUAUAUUCCCUGGCAUAGUUGUAUUCACCUCUGUCGUAGUAAGGGGAGAGGGAGGGCUUGCAAAGGCUGCAGACAGACUUUUUUUUUUUUUUAUAUAUAUAUAUAUAUAUAUAUAUAUAUAUAUAUAUAUAUAUAUAUAUAUAUAUAUAUAUAUAUAUAUACACAUAUAUCCCAUAAAAAUACAUGCAUGUUUUCUUUGGGAAUAUAUCUAUUAAAUUGCUCAAUAGAAAUUUCACUGGAGUUCUCCUAUAACUGCAAGGUUUCUGUUCUGGUAUUGCAUAAUUUGUGAAGCCAAUGAUAAUGGACAGACAAGUCACAGGCUGUACUAUAAAAUCUCACUAUUUGCAUUAUGCACAAGCUACAAGAAGAUAUGUAUAAUUUGUUUGUACCCUGAAAAUGACAUUGAACUACACUAUAGUCACCCAGACCUCUCAAUGAAGUGGUCCUAUGCAGUGACCAAUGUAAUACAUUGCAGUUACAUUUCAGGGUUAAGUUCACUUUUAGUGGCUGUCAUUACAACAGGCACUAGAGGUGUUUCUGCUAUAUUGACUUAGUAAGACUUGGCCAGGUGACACAGAAGCAUGAUUUAGUGGUUUUCUAUUUUCUAUGGGGAAGUUUGAAUGUUCAUGCCAUGCAUGCAUUUUGGCUUUCAAAUGCUGCUCUAUAUGGAGCUUUGCAUUGGACCAUCAUCGAGGAGGUGAAGAAACCAGCAGCUGGAGCCUCAGCACUGAAAAGUUAAGCAAAACUUUGUAUUUUUUUAAAUCUUUAUUGCAAAAGGGGGGAGUAUCCUUAAUAUUAGUAGGGACACUGUAUUGUUUUGGGAAUACAUGUCUGAAUAAAGGAAGAUAUGGCAAGUUUUGCUAAUGUAUGCAUUAUGAAAACUAUUGCCAGCUGUAUAUAGAUUUCUUUGUGUAUAUACUUGGAGAUAAAGUAAACCUAAUUUUAUAUUCUCUGCCAUCUCAUCUCCAUUUUGUUUCUGUUCAAUUUGACUUUGAAACAUUGUACUAAAUGCAUUUUUUUUUUUUUUUUUUUAAAUCCCCCUCUUCCAGCCACCAAUCCUUGUGCAACCCAAAAUGGCGGCUGUUCUCACUUGUGUCUCUUGUCUCCGGUGAAACCAUUCUACCAGUGCGCUUGUCCAACGGGGGUCAGGCUUUUGGAGGAUGGGAAGACAUGCAUGCAAGGUGAGUUGCUCAUGGAUAGAUUAAGCCUAACUUUAAAAAAAAAAAUUUAAAAAAAUUAUCUUCCAAAUAUACUGCUGUACGAUAUUCUCACGUUACAAUGCAAACGUCAUACAAUCUAUUGCUUAUACCGCAGCUAUGUGGGUCAAUGCAGUCUUAAAGCGACACUGUCAUGCCGAACUUAACUGUCCCCAAUUGGUUCCUCUUCUCUCCCUCUCACAGGAUCUGUUCUUCAUUUCUUCCUGUCUGCUAUAGUUUUCUUUAAAACUUAAGAAAAAGUAGGGACUAUUUCUCUUCUGGAUGUUUCCUACGCGGUGACCAGCGGAGGAGCAAUGUGUGCUUCGUUUUCCGGUGGUCACAGCAAUUUUUCCACAAUCCUUACCUUUCCUCCCUGUUCCCGCGAUGCUUCCUGUUACUUAGACAGGACGCCGGCAAAACUGCCGAAUUGCGUUGUAACAGUUUCUCCAUUCGUGUUAGAACGCAAUUCGGGACUCUGUUCGUAUCGGAAUUUCAUUCAAAUGAAUGAAACUCUGAUCCUAUUCAUUGCCGCGGCUGCAUCUUGCAGCCACUUAGUAGAUAACUCCCUAAUUCCCACGGUAUCAGGGAGUUAUCUACUAAAAGGCUGAAAGACCUAAAUUGGUCUUUCAGCCACAUUUACUAAUGCUAAGUAAAGAUUACUUAGUAUUGGUAAAUGAUCUGCCCCUACUCGCUAUUCCGCUAGAUGGGACAUGUCUAGUAAACAGUGAGCAGCCAGUGGCAGUGAGCAAACUACUGUCCUCCCCUCUCGGCCCCCACCCCUGCAUGGGGGGUGGGGACCUACUGUCCUCCCCUCUCGCCGCCUCCCUUGAGUUGGGUGUGUGGGGGCCAUAAAUUACAAUGGGGGGGGACCUACUGUUCUCCCCCCGGCCCCCACCCCUGCGCGGUGGGUGGUGGCCAUAAAUUACAAUGGGGGGAAGAGGGGGUGACUUACUGUCCUCCCCACCCUUGAGCGGUGGGUGGGGGCCAUAAAGAUAAUGGGGGGUGGGGGGAGGGGGCUAUAAAUUACAGUGGGGGGAACCUACUGACACUGGCCCCCACCACUGGGCGGCGGGUGGGGGCCCUAAGACAACACCCCCCUCCCCCAUCAAAGGUGACUAGGGGUCCCCAAAAAAAUAGGUAAUAUUGGGGGGCUUAGGGGCAUUUGGGGGUGACUAGGGGGUCAGUUAGAUGUAGUGAAGGCGGGUUAAAAAAAACAAAAAACGGGAUUCGGCCAUGACAGUGCCGCUUUAAAGUGCCAAGGAUAAUGUGCCAAUGAUGGUCAUUUAAAAAAAAAAAAAAAAUAACUUGCAUUUCUGUAGGUGCUUAUUUUCCUUAGCCCAUGCAACUAUUCUCUUGGAAUUAGUUUCCAGCUGAUUGUGAUCCAUUUUUGCUCUUCUAAUGCUUGUUGAAUUGACACGGUCAGUAUAGUGUUGGACUCUAUUCAUUGUAGUCCCUUUCUUCUUAUUAAGGGAACAUAAAAAAAUUGUGCUGGAUAGAUAAAAGGUGUUAAUGCUAUUAAUUGAAUAUAUCCUAUUUGUAUUGUAAGAGAGCUAUGUAAACCGUCUUUCAGAGCUGCUGUUAAUGUGGCAGGUCUUAAAUAAUGUUUCGAUUCAUUCUUGCACUAGAUGCCCAGAAUGUCCUUUUAAUCUGUGGCAUGCCCAACUGUCUGUUUAGCUGAUUCAUUAUGUUCUUUUUGAAGCUUGACUGGAAUUUGAAAACAUUGCUAGGAGUUAUGGCCUAUCAAUCUGUGCAGUUUGGGCUCUGCUGGUCUCCUGGACACUUGGUGGGGGGAGGGUGAUCAAUGUAAACAAACUGACCUUAUGACCACAACAUCCUAUUAUUUGUAAAGUAACUGGAUAGCCUUUUUCUAAACGGAUGGGUAAUCAUUGGCUUUCUCAGAAUACUUUCAGACUUUAUUUUUAUUUUUUUUCUUUGUUCAGCCAAGAAAAAGUAUCACAAAUAUUCAGGUUUUUCAUGAUUUUGAGGUAUAAAUGAAACAGUGGUGAAUCCAAGUCAUUUUGCCAUUUGGUUGUAAAUAUCACCUGUUAUUGUUUAACAAAUUCAGCUUAAAAAAAAUAAAAACACAUGGCCAGCAAAAGAUUUUCAAUUUUUUUUCCUAUCUGUGUAAAAGCUUGUCAGCAGUUAACAUUAACCCCUUUGAGUACUGGAGAAGUUUGUGUGCCCAUGUGGUUUAUGAUUGGAUUGUGUACUCCCUGGCUAAUCUGUUAGUGAGGGUUGAGGGCCUCCGGUGUUAUUGCGACAUGUCACCAGUGUGCAGUCGAUAAUAAUCACCCCACAGGUGUGCAUGACUGACUAUUGUCUGGUCUUUCUCACGCAAUCUAAAGCUGCCUCUGCUGUUAGCCAGGGAGACAUAAACACUGCCAGUUUUUAAAGAGUGGUAUUCUGUUUGUAUAAGGAUGUCUUUGCUAUCCCUGUCCCAAUACCAUUUCUCCUACAUCGUGUCCAGAAACCCCUACUUUCUACACCUCCUGCUUUUUGUGGGAUUUUGUGUGUCUGCCAUUGGAAUGUUGGGCCUGCCUUUAAAUCAACAUUGAAGAAUUCUCUGGAUUGAAACUUUUGUUUAUGUAAAGGGGGAGGGGGUUUGCUGUUAGUGGUGCCUAAAACUAAUCAUUCUCAGACAAAAAUAUUAACUGUCACUAGAUCCUUCUGCUCCCAAAAAGCAUACAUGCUACACAUUAGUCACAAAUAUAAAUAUAUAUUUAUUUAUUGUUCCACAUGUUGCUCUUUAGUUAUUUUGUAAAGAGCUAAGGAGCCUGAUAUAAUGUGGUAGAUAUGAGUGCUCAAUACAAGGUUAUUUGCAUAUGUGUAAUAAAUGAGAUCAUGAAAUAAAAUCUGCAUAAUGGCUGCUUGUAAUAAAAAAUAAAAAAACAAAACGUCACUGCUAUAGUAUAGUUUAAUUUUUUUUUAUUUUUUUUGGUCAAGUAUUUGUUGUAUUUUAGUGAAGCCAGUGUUAAAAAAACAUGAAUUUGUAAACAUUUUCUGCAUACUAUUUUGCCUUGCAUCUUUUACAACUCAUUUUGAAACAUUUGCUGAAUAAACCCCUAAGCGAUUCAUAUUUAACCCAAGACACAAGAUUUAGACACAAGAUAAUUAUCCUUCCCCACAUCUCAUUUUAUCUUUCAAUGUCUUUUUAAGCUUGUUUGGAAAACAAAUUAGUUUACCUUUCUCACUAUAUGUAGUAGCUUAAUAAAUAUUUAAAAAUUUUACAUCUCAGGUGCUACGGAAUUAUUACUUCUUGCCAGACGGACAGACCUCAGACGUAUAUCACUAGACACCCCGGAUUUCACGGACAUUGUUUUACCCUUGGAGGAUAUUCGUCACGCCAUUGCGAUUGACUAUGACCCAGUUGAAGGAUAUAUUUACUGGACCGAUGAUGAUGUUCGUGCCAUCCGCCGCACUCAGAUUGAUGGUUCUUCAAGUCAGUUUGUAGUUGUCUCUCAGGUGUCUCAUCCAGAUGGCAUUGCUGUGGACUGGGUGGCCCGAAACUUGUACUGGACAGACACAGGAACAGACCGAAUUGAAGUAACACGGCUGAAUGGAACUAUGCGAAAGAUUCUCAUAUCGGAAGACCUUGAUGAACCAAGAGCUAUUGUACUUGAUCCUAUGAAUGGGUGGGUAUUGCUGUGUAUGUGUUACGCAGCAUAAACUAGUGAAGUGGAUUUUUUUUGAUUUUUUUUUGUGUGUGUGUGGUUUUUUUUGGUGCAGCUAUGAACGUGUGGGUAUUGCUGUGUAUGUCUUAUAGCAUGACUAGUAAAUUAGAAAAACUUUUGUACAGCUCUCUGAAGUUACUAGUGGUCAUGUUACACUGGUAUGGGUGCUGUAGGCAUCCACAUAUUCGGUGCAAGGUUAUAUUAGUUAUGUUUAUUAUUUUUACUAAAGUUCUUUAGUGUUUUAAUUGCUUUUCUCCAUUAUCUGCCUCUUGCUUGUAAGGUUCCAAUUUUACUCCCAAAAAUAUAGUUUUGGGGAGUUUUCAUCUGUAUCAUCAUCAGUGAUAACGUGUAAAAAAAAAUAAAUAAAAAGAUUUAGAGAAAUUGAGAAAUUUGAGGUAAAAAGUGUUAAAGCCAUUUUGCCAAAGCUAAAUGGAAGAAUAUUAAUUUACAUUCCCUGCCCUCUUUUCUUAUUUACAGUUACAUGUACUGGACCGACUGGGGGGAGUUACCAAAAAUUGAGCGGGCUGCAAUGGAUGGUUCUGACAGGGUUGUUUUAGUGAACACUUCACUUGGAUGGCCCAAUGGACUUGCCCUGGAUUAUGAAGAAGGAAAGAUCUACUGGGGUGAUGCCAAGACUGACAAAAUAGAGGUGGGUUACUGAUUGACUCUGUUAAGAUCAAUUUGUGAUUGGCUGAAAUUAUCAACUGAGCUUUUGCAUAAUUUUUUAUAAACUUGCAUAACAACAUUUUAAAUGUCAGAAUACUUUAAAAAAAUAUAUAUAUAUGUUCUAUUUAUAUGGAAAAUUUCUUGGCAAAAUUUGUUCUUUGAAGCCGUUGAUUAUUGUAAGAGCAACCUAAAAGGCCAGACUUGACUAAUCUUUGAUAAUUACGUCCGCCUGCCGGCCACGAGUAUGUCUCAUAAAAAUAAAAAAUAAAAUAUAUAAUUUAAUAUUUUAUUAUACUUUUUAUUUUAUUUUAUUUUUUAUUCCUCUUUCCUACGCCCAACCAUUUCCUUUCUGGGUUCUCUGCCAGCUCCUAAGUCGGAGAUAAGCUGAUGAUGGUGGUUAAUGGAACCCAGUGGGAGGUUUCUGAAGGAUUAAAUUGUAUUUUUUUUUUUUUUUUCAUGGUUUUAUCUGGCUGCCUGCAGAAAAGGCAGGCUGUCUUUACAGCUUUGACAAUCUCACUGCACUUUCUGUGAAAAAUAUUGCACCUGUCAUUGUACUGUAGUAACUUUUGGGGAGUGCACUCAUUAUAAACCACACAUAGAGGUGCAUUCUUAACCCCUUAUUUUACAAUUAAUUAUCCAUGUGAACCCAAAAAUGAUAUUAAUGAAUAAAAUGGAAAAAUAACUUCUGUGUAGUGUUAAUAUUUUUUUUUUAUAUAUAUCCGCAUAGCAGUUUUACUUUAUUUUUUUAAUUAUUUUUUUUUUAAACCUGCCAAGGCUGUCACUGAUGGUUAUUGGUUGACAGUAGCAUUCUAGGAAUGAUAACAUUUGUAUUUUUAUCCAGUUCUUUUAGCCCUGUUGCCAUUGUUAAUAUAUGGGAACUAACUUAUAAGUGUAGGAACAAAAGAAGAUCUAGAGCUGGAUGUUCCAGCAAUGAUGACAUUUGCAUUUUUAUCCACAGUGGUUGUGGUGCUAAGGAAACUAAGGUGCUUAGACAAGUAUCUUAUUUAGGGUCUAUUGCAUGAUAUCUAAAACCAGUAAAAACUCAAAAGGUAUAAACCACACACGUAAAUUCAGGUUGCAUGCUCUAACUCGAGAGCACUGUACUCGAGUGUAAGUGCAAAUGAUUGGUGCUAUUUAAACUUGGCAUGCCUGUUGCAUUUUGCAUAAAUGGUGAUGGUUGGAGAUUGGGUGUGCUUGCAUUCAUUCAGCAAGGUGGCAAUCUACCACCGUGUGUUCCUCCUCAGAGCUCUGUGUAUGUAUUUUAGUAAUAUGCAUUUGAUUAAAACAUGUAUACAUAGUCUGCAAAACUGUGUGUACGAAUUUUGCAGACUUAUACUCACCAUGGAUUCCCUACUGCUUAUUAAUUUUACUCGUAUGGUGGAAGCCUAUCUGCACUAACUGCUUCAGAAGCAGGAUUAAAGGGACACUAUAGUCACGAGAACAACCGCUUAAUGUAGUUGUUCUGGUGUGUAAAGUAUAUCCAUGCAGGCUUUGUAAUGUAAGCACUGCCUUUUCUCUGAAAAUGCAGUGUUUACAUUACUGCCCAGUAACACCUCUAGUGGCAGUCACUCAGAUGGCCACUAGAGGUGCUUCCUGGGUCAGUGCUGCACAGUGUAAAGCACUGAUGUUCAGCGUCUCUCCGCUCUGCAAGCAGACAUUCCUCAUAGAGAUGCAUUAAUUCAGUGCAUCUCUACGAGUAGAUUCUUUCUGGCGCAGCACUGCAUUAUGCCGCGCAUGUGCUAUAGCCUCCGAAUUACCAAUGGGAAAGCACUGGCUUGGAAGAAGGCAGAUUGACACUUUUAUUAAUUGACCUUGUUACACCCCCUCUCCCCCAGCUUUUAAUCAGACAACCAUUCCUGUUACAUCCUAAUUUGUCAACUCUGUGAAAGCUGGACUUAGAGGGACACUAUAUUCACCAGAACUACAGCUUAUUGCAUUUGUUCUGGUGAGUAGAAUCAUUACCUUCAGGCCUUUUGCUGUAAACACUGUCUUUUCAGAGAAAAUGCAGUGUUUACAUUACAGCCUAGUGAUAACUCCACUGGCCAUUCCUUAGAUGGCUGUUAGAGAUCCUUCCUUGGGCAGUGCUCCAAUUGUCUCCACCCUCUACAUGCAGACACUGAACUUUCCUCAUAUGCAUUGAUUCAAUUCAUUUCUAUGAGGAGAUUGGCCAGGGCUGUGUUUGACUUGUGCUGGCUUUGCCCUUGAUCUGCCUCUUUGACAGUCUCGUGCAAUCUUAUGGGAAGCACUGUGAUUGGUUCAGACCACCACUUCUGAUGACGUCAGCAGGCAGUUUUACAUGCAGACAGGGACAGAGCCAGCAGCUGCAGACUUGAAUACAAAUACGUUUUUACUAUAUUUGGGGACGCCAGACAUGGUCAGGGGGGCUAAAAGGUGGUUUUAAAAUUAUAGGGUCAGGAAUAAAUGUUUGUGUUCCUGACCCUAUAGUGUUCCUUUAAGAGCCAGACAUUGGAUAGUCUUUGAAUGGACAGCCACAGAAUGUGUGGGCUGGAUAAGAUGGGAAGGGCAGCUGCCGAUAAGAUAUCUUCAGCUUUUGCAUGUUGUGUUUGGUACAUAACUAUUGAAAUACAAAGCUGCAAUUGGGUUCUUUCAUAGAAACCACAGAUACUGUUUGAGCUACGUAAGAAAAACACUCGGUCAUUAAUUUUAUUCAGGAUUUUAAUGACUGAAGCUAAUUAUACCCAUGCAUGCGACAGGUAGCUGCAUAAUCUGUUUUAUGGAAUGCUGUGCGAGCUUGUGGUGAUGCUUCGUUUAGUUCAGCUUUGCUUUUACCAUGAAUAAGAAAUACUGCAGAUUACGAGUGAUGAUAAAUUAAGAACAUAUGCUUCAUUAAUUGAACUAAACACUAAUAACAUUGGAACCUAAGAUGUGGUUACUCCAAUGUCCUUACUUAAUAACCUUCUUUUAAAUGUAAAUGGGAUAGUAUAUAAUUAUAUUUUGUUUUCACCUCAUGCUAAUUGUAUACAAACGCAAAGCCUACAGCUUUCCAAAUUGUGAUUAUUUUGCCCAUUUUAAGAAAAAUUUAACUGCCAGCAUAAUAUUCUCACAAAAUAAUGCAGGCUGAAAAAGAUUUUCCCAUCAAGUUCAGUAUAUUUCACAUAUCUGUUUUACUGCUUCUGUUCCAAAAGAAGGUGAUAAAAUCCAAUUUGAAGCAAUUGCAAUUUUUUAAAAUGCAGAAAGACUAUUUUCUGGUAUUAAAGCAAUAUAACUUUCUUUCUCAAACCUUUUGAGUGUCUUGAAAUGGCAACCCGUUAUUUUAGCAGCCUUUAGCGUAGGAAGCUCAGUUUUGCAUUCUGCUUGUUUUUACUCUGCCCAUUCCUGCUUGAAGACUGGCAACUGUGGUGGAUGUGGUUUAAGCCACAUGUUUCCUGUUGUAGACUUUCCCCUUUCUGCGGUUUGUUAGUGUUUAGAUUUGACCCAGAAUGUGAAACUCCACACCAUAGAGUGGUUUCAAGAGUGAAAACCACAGGAGAUUUCUAUCACUGCUGAGCAGGCAGAUAAAGGAGGCGAGAAAUGGGGUCUGUAUUACAUUCAUAUAUAAAAGUAGAAUAUUCAGAUCAAAGAGGACAACUCUUGAGAGGACCUACUUGGAUUUCAUCUCUCAAUUGUCAGUGUUUCUUUGUUUUGCAAAACAUGUUCUGUCCUUUUUAUGUGGUAGUCUAAAUCCGUUAGUGAAUAACAGUUAAGCACUAUUUGCAUAUUCAAUUCAGCUUGUAUAACAGUAUGUUAAAGAACACUCCAAGUACCACAACCACUACAGCUCUUUGUAAUGCUUAUACUGCUGGCCUCUUGUCCCUUCCCCUCCUGCCCCCCACAUUUUUACAAAGUCAAUCUUUUUGACUAUAAAAAGGUUUGAUUUAUAACUAUGGGUCCACCAGGUUACUCUCCCUACCUCUUGUACUAAUAACGGAGAGUUGGGCUGCUCUGCCUGAGCUAAGCCCUGCGGUGCACUUAACAUAAUACAUAAAUGGUUCUUCGCGUUGCUCAGUGGACUCAAGGUAGUCAAACAAUUUAAAACUGUACCAGCACUACUAGGACAGGCUAGCAACUUAGACUCCAGUCCAUGAUGUUCCAUUGUAUGAUGUGUGUGUGUGUGUGUGUGUGUAUAUAUAUAUAUAUAUGUGUGUGUAUAUGUAUAUAUAUGUGUGUGUGUGUAUGUGUAUAUAUAUAUAUAUAGUACACAUUCUUCUCAUUUACCUUUUUUAUAUAUAAAAAAAUUAAAAAAAGAAAUCCUUUACCAAUAAAUGGUAGUCUGACUUCAGCCUGCAUCAACUAAUUAUUAAAGAAACACGGCAAGCACCAUAAGCAAUACAGCCCACAGCACUAGUAAUGGUGCCAGGAGUUCCCAUGUGCCUUCCCAGAGUAAGUACUUAAACCCUUUAAGAAGCUGAGUGAUGCUAACAUAAGCGCUUUGCAGGUGCCCUGGUGCAUCAGGGUAAGUUGUCAAACUCUUAAAUGGUUUAAACACUUACUGUGUGAGGGCGCAAAGGGGAUUAAUUCCAUUCUUCAUCCAGUGUAUUGCUGAUUUGGUAGUUUUCAGGAUACUUCAUUGUAAGAAUGUUUGUCACAUUGGUGCUUUAAUACUGUAUGGGAUCUGCCUAGAGAAAUAGCUAGAAACAGGUUGCACCUUGCGUUUUUCUUGGCUUGGAUUAAAUGAACACUCAACAGAACAGUGUCCCAUUUUUUUUGUCACCUUUUAAAAGUGCUGAUUUCAAGAGAAAUUGGGGCUUCUUUAAAGUGGUUGGGUUGCGCUCUCCCAGCUGUCAGAGAGGCGUGAGAGUCCUCUUCUUCACUUGCUUUGUGCUCCAGCACAGAGCGAAUGUGAGGGCUUCUUAAAGAGAACAAUUGGCUUAACUGGCAAUACAAAACUCCAUUGUUAUACAUAUAUGUAUUUAUAGUAUUUGAGUGUUCCUGCAAAGUGGUAGUUGGUGUGUGGGUAACAAACCAGAUUAUGUGUGAUGUAGGUUUAUACCAGUUCAGGAACUGCAUGUCACUACAAUUCAAGAUUAUAGCCCGCUCUCAUAGGAUUUAAAAAAAAAUACACCAUUGUAUUUUACGUUUUUCAUUUAAACAUGUUUGUAAGAAUUUAGUGGUACUGCAGAUUGAAAUUCUUCUACAUUACAUUCUGUUUAUUUAGGUGAUGUUCACAAAUGGUACAAACCGCAGGAUACUAGUGGAAGACAAGUUGCCACACAUUUUUGGGUUUACACUGCUUGGAGAUUAUGUUUACUGGACAGACUGGCAGAGACGGAGCAUUGAGAGGGUAAACAAGCGCACUGCAGAACGAGAAGUCAUUAUAGAUCAAUUACCUGACUUGAUGGGUCUUAAAGCUACCAACAUACAAAAGAUACCAGGUAAGUUCAUUUUACCACUCUACCAAAACAUCAUUGCUAAUUAAUUUAAUCCGAUGCAUGUUAUCUCUUCUGGAGGCAGUUUUCUUAAUGUUAAGAAAAUAGAGAAAAGGCUGCAUUCAAUUGGAGACCUGCAUUUUGGAUAUCAUUGUAAGUUAUCAUAAUAUUAGCAAUAUUGACACAUGUUUCAUUACGGCCAUGUAGAGGUGUGUGUUCUUUUUUUGUUUUUGUUUUUUUUGCAUGUGGUGGUUUAUUAUUUCCUCUAAUUUAGACUUUCAUUUUUAUUCUAGGGACCAAUGCCUGUGCUGAUAAUAAUGGAGGUUGCAGCCACCUGUGUCUAUAUCGACCGCAAGGACCUCGUUGUGCUUGUCCAAUCGGGCUUGAGUUGAUAAAUGACAUGAAAACUUGCAUUGUCCCUGAGGCCUUCCUCCUGUUUUCUCGCAGGGCAGAUAUUCGGCGCAUAUCUCUGGAGACCAACAAUAAUAAUGUAGCUAUUCCUCUGACUGGUGUGAAGGAAGCUUCUGCCCUAGACUUUGAUGUGACAGACAACAGAAUCUAUUGGACAGACGUCAGUCUAAAGGUGAGUGUCUUCUAGUGACACUACAGGCACAAAAACAAUUUUAUCUUAAUAAAGCCAUUUUGAUGUAUAGAUCAUGUAUGCUCUAUUCCCUGCCAUUUUAGAAGUUAAAUCACUUCGUUUAUGCAGCCAUAGUCACACCUCCCUGAAUGUGAUUUACACAGCCUUCCUAAACACUUCCAGUAAAGAGUCAUCUAAUGUUUACACUUCCUUUAUUCACAUUCUUAUUUAAUUAUUAAUUUAGAAUUUCUUAUAUCCUGCCCUCUUGAUAGCUUGCUAAACCCUGUAGAAACCUCCUGAAUGUAAUUAAUGUUCGAUUUACAGAGAAGGAGAUAAACGUUUAAACUAAGAUACACCUGAUUGAAAAAAUCCUUUUUUUUUGUUUGUUUUUUUCUGUUAGUCACAGCCAGGGAAUGUGUGGCUAUAGUGGAUUUCCAUCUCCUAGCUAAUAGCAAGUUCGCUGCUAUCAGUAUGUGGAAUGCCAGGGUCCCUUGUUGUUUUGUGAGGUGUUCAGGAAACAUGAACACCAGGAAGAAUUCUGCUGAUUUCUGAAUUGGUUUGUGUAAUACUUCCCCAAUUAGCUUGGCUAUUCCCUCCCAGAAGGGUCUUAUUAUCGAGCAUUCCCACCAGAUAUGGAACAUUGUUCCUUUUAUCUGUGGUGCAUCGCCAACAUUUGUCAGAGGUGUUUGGGAACACAUGUGCUAACCUUGCUGGUGUUAAAUACCAUCUGGUGGCUAUUUUCCGUAUCACUUCUACGUGGGAAUUGCAUCUCGUGUGUAUUUUUUAUGUACCUUGAAGGCCCCAGUCCAUGCAGCAUCAGGUAUCGUACGACCUAGGUCUCUUUCCCCAGUCCAUGGUAUAUUUAGGCAUAGGGAGUUUGCCAUCCCUCAGAAUUACGUCAUAACAUAUCGCUAUUGCCUUCUUUUUUUGGUAUCAGUCCUACACACAUUUUCUCCAUAAUGGUCAUCGUUUGUACUGUUGGCGGGUUGAGAGAUCCUGGUUUUCAGUAGGGAUUUCAGCUGUAAGUAUGGUAGGCAGCCUGUCUGGGGUAGGUCCGGUGACGGACUAAUUUGGAGGAACGGGGUCAGGCCCUCCACACACCACAUUUGGUGGAGAAACUGUAUUCCUCUGCUUUCCCAUCCCCUGCUGUCGAAGGUGGGAAUGUAGUAUUUGAAGCAUUUAGGUGGUGUAGCUAACGAGAUCGGACUCCAGGAUGAGAACCUAUCUUUUUUGCCAUCCCAUGUCCUUAGCAUCAGGGCCGUGGUGGGCAAUAGGUUUAGCAAUUGUGGUCGCAGGGGCUUUGGUGUCCAAAAUAGGCAAGAGAUCCCCUCUGCCAGGGACCAGUGAGACUCAAUUUCUACCCACGGUGGUUGGUUCUGUGUGUCUUGAGCUGCAAUGUCGUGAUUGAGCAGUGUGGCUGUGUAGUAUGCUAGGAUGUCUGGUCUACCCAUUCCCCCAUCCCCUAGUUUCCUAGUGGCUGUGGCCUUUGGAAUGCGGGAUUUGCGGGGGCCAGUGAUAAACCUGUCGAUAUGUCUUUGCAAUUGGGUAAAGUAGGGCCUUGGGACCUCCACUGGUAGGGAGCGGAACAGAAAUUGUAGCUUUGGCGGCAGCAGCAGCAUUUUAAAGACCGCUAUUCGGCCCAGCCAGGAGAGGAAUUUGUCUUUCCAUUUAUCCAUGCUAGAGCGGAUGUCGGAGGCCACCAUGAGGUAGUUGGCUUUGACUAGGGGCUCUUUGUCAGUUUUAUGCCCAGGUAUGUUAUAUGGUCGUCUCUCCAAUCAAAUUCGUAGUGUGUUUUGGGGCUAUGUGUCGUCUUGUGGUUCAGGUUUAUUUUCAUGGCCUGUGUUUUGGUUGUAUUUAAUUUGUAGUAUGAGAACUUGCUGUAUUCUGCCAAAACGUCUGUGAGUGCUGUGAGGGAGAUGUUAGGUUGUGUGAUGGAGGAGGACAUCGUCUGCAAAUAGAGUUUGUGUUCAGUUUGUCCUAUGCGUAUUCCCUGUAUGCCAGGGUGGGCUCGAAUUUGGGUCGCCAGUGGUUCGAGGGUUUUUGGUAGGGUGGUCACUGUCGCGGCUAUCAUGUCCUGGGGUAGUUUAGAUUGGAGAACCGCAUUGUUGAAUAAGCGAAGUAAGUGGGGCCCAGAGUUUUAAUUUAACUCUUAUUUAACUCUGAAAUAUUGCUUGAGAGCGGAGGGUUCCUUUCUCCCUUACACAUGGUUGUUUAUAAGUGCAGAAAUUUGCAUGCGUGGCUUGGGUGAACUGUACAGAGAUUCAGUUGUUAUGGCUGUAGUUUGCUAAUUUAGUAAUUUCACUUAAAUCUGAUGAAUGUGGCUGCCGGCCCGUAGACUUCUGGCGGAUAGAGAUUUAUAGGAAAUAUAAGAACACAUAGACUUCAAUAAGAGGAGCAUCUUCCUUAUUUGAGACGUAGUCUUUGUGACUUUGCCUUUGGAUUAGCAGUAGCUACAGGGACCUGUAAGGUUAGUAUCUCUUUAUUUUUAUGAAUAGGUGUAUCUAAUAGAGAAUAUUAAAAGCUGCUGUAGAACUUUUACCAAUAUUCACUAUUUUUUUAAGGUAUUUUUGUAUCACACAUUUGAAAUGUACCUCUGGUUAGAUACUUUCAGUUUAAUCUCUGCUUCAGCUUUUUUGAGUUAUGUUUCUGUUUAUUAUGACUUAUGUGUUUUUGCAGUGGUUAUCAUUCUGCAUGUGCUUUUUUUUUUUGUUUUUGUUUAAAUUAAGUUGCUAAUCGUAGUCAGUUGUGUGUGUGCUUUUUUUUAUUUUUUUAUUUUUUUUUAUUUUCCAUCCCCUGUUAUUAUGUAAAGAAACAGGUGUUAAGGUGAUAGAUGUUGUAAUAUUUACAUGUACGCUCUGGAAAAAAAAGUGUGCCCCAGGCAGAAUCUAUAUGAUCACUCACCUAGCCUCCACCUACUCUGCUAGUGCUAACAAUGAGUUUUAACUUUGCAGACCAUCAGUCGGGCUUUCAUGAAUGGAAGUUCACUAGAGCAUGUUGUACAGUUUGGCUUGGAUUAUCCAGAAGGGAUGGCAGUGGACUGGCUUGGAAAAAACCUGUAUUGGGCAGAUACUGGCACAAACCGUAUAGAGGUAUCAAAGUUGGAUGGACAGCACCGGCAAAUCUUGGUGUGGAAAGAUCUAGACAGCCCUAGGGCGCUUGCUCUUGACCCAGUGGAAGGGUGAGUUUUUGAUUUAUGAAAAAUUGUCAGGAAAUCUUGACAUAGUUUUGAAAUUUGUGAAAUAUGCUUUGAUGAGUGUUAAACUCCAGCAAGAGCAAUGCUUUUUAAUGACUAUCCCUGACUUGUUAUACUUUAUUACAGUGUUCUGUUUAAUUACAUGGCAGCAUAUGGUGAAAAACCGGGCAGGGGAGUUUUAUCAAGGUGCUUUUGCCUUGAUAAAUCUUGCUUGGGUAAUUUAUGAUGCAGUCCCUUUCUAUAAUGGACCCUUAAUAUAAAAGUAUAAAUGUCUUCUAUUUGUUUCUCCAACAGUUGCUAGAGGCUCUUGGUUAGGCCCUCUUUCUGUUAUUACUGGCAUAUUUUAAUAAGAACUGGCCAUCUUCUCCUCCCCACCCUCCUGUUGAAUUGCUGUCUUCUCAGUUCAACUCUAGUUCUCUUUCAGUAGAAGGGAGUCUACACUCAUGAGACUAGGUCUUAAUAAAGGGGAGAUUAUUCACAUUCUUUGGCAUAUCAUGAAAGCAUCUACAAGACAGAAUGUUCCCAUAGUCUGCCAUUCUAUCUCAAUGUUCCCGUGAUCCCUUUAGUCUCCCAUUCUCUUCCCCUCCUGUCUCCGUCCUUUCCCCAAACAUUCCCCCGCCCAGUAACACAAGACCUUUUCUGCAAUCAAAAUAGAGGGCUGUAACGGACCGUUUUGCUCACAAGGGGUAAAAACUGUUUAGGCGAUCGUCCCCCUUUCCCGAGAUGCAGGCACAGCUACUGUAGAACACCAAACUCACGAACCGCCAAUAAGGGAAUGCUCCAAACUCCCGAAUGGUAUCCAAUAUAGUACUCCAAACACACGAACUGGAACCAUACGAAUCGCUGCUAGCAGACGAAUAGGAAAAGCAUCCAAGCGGCUUACACUCCUAGCAAUCAGUCUCUAUCAGCAUUCAGUAAAUCCCCCCAAAGACGAGACAAGGCUCCGUGUUGAGGGUCAAGCAGUGGUCUGUUAAUGAUGGCUACCUGCCCAGUAUUUAUGCAGGUCUCCCACCUGGUGGACACUCCCCUAGGGGACCAAAGGGAGACUGUGACAAGGGACAGACAAGUAGACAAAUAGGACACACAGUCACAGUAUAUUCCCACAAUGCAUCCUAGCUUCCUCCCCUCUGCCUUGGAGAUAAUUGAGAAGUAAUUCAGUUAUCUCCCAAGACACAGGCAAAUCGCCAUUAUGCACGUGGGGAUACUACAACACGAAUUACUAUUAAAAUACACUAUGUGAGACACAUUACAAUAAAACUAUACAUUAAACAUGUCCCCAUGCGAAUGGGCUCCAUGGGAUUCCUAUCUGGGGUAUAACAUAGACAAGUAAAACUACCGAACACCAGCCCUUCGUGUACUUCCACCGAACAAGAAGGGAGGUCGGCGGCUUCAGCGGUGUUCGCGCAAAACUGUGUCCGAUUUUUAGUUCCAUUAAUUAAGUGUCGAACACCGCUGUACGUUCGCAUGUUUAAAAUGGCCGCCACCUCGUGUUCGUGAUACGAAUGGCGGCCACCCAGCAUUCGUCAAUUAAGCUGCGGUUAGCUUCAGGGAGGCUAAUUGCCUGCACACUCCAGCUCCGAGGUGGUCCAGUCAUUCGUGCGGUUGUUCGGUAGAUUGAAUCUACCGAACACCAGGCAGAAAAGCACGAAUAAGUCUUUUCUGCUUGGGAAAAAAGAUGUCUUUUAACAUGGGGCCAUAGUCCAAAGGCAGCAGGCGAGCAACCAGGCUUCUCCAAUGCAAUGUGGCGAGAUUGCUCUCGUCACAAGGGCUAUGUGUCCUUCUGUCCCCCUGAUGAGGCUUCUGUAAAGUGUCAGUUGUGUUUGAAAGUGGUCCUUAGAGGAAACUGUCAUUCAAUCCGUCCAUGUGUCUUUGUAUGUUUGAAUUCGGCCCUGUGGAGAAAUCAUCAAUUCUUUUAGGUGCCUUAGGUCCUCCACUUUGUUGUACCAAUGGCUAAGAGGUGGUGAUGUAUCUUUUCUCCAAUAAAGGGGAAUUUCUGUAUUGGGAUGUCGGUAUGGUGCUGACCGAAAGGGUGGGGGAUUGAGAAUUGCUUAAUUUUUGUAUGAAUGCCUUCCCAGUAGAGCAUGUACCUGUGGCAGAAUAUCUCCAACACUCGCAAUCCAGUGUAGGUUUGUCCAAUUAACUUAAUGUGGUUAUGUUGUUAAUUGGAGUAAACAAGUACUUAAUUAAAGUAACUUUCCUGAGGGGCACCCCAGUAAGGCAGAGUCCAACUCACUCACUCUGGUGUUCUGAAAUUCUGAGAGGUGGUAGUUCUCAUGAGCGAUUUCACUGGUGUUGGUCGUCCCCAAGUGUCGGUAUCCAAUGUUUGCAAAUAUUAAGCUGUCCAGUAUGGUAAUAUUAUAUAUUUUACAUGACAAGGUUAACAUGUACAAAAAGCCUAGUUACUUUGCAUAUUGCAAAUGGUGAAUGUAUUAACGAAGUGCUUGUACGUGAUGGCUGUACACUGAUGCAAUGAGUGCCAUGACACCUUCUGUAGAAUUUUUUAGAAAAAUACAUGUCAACUGUGCAGUGACUUUCUGGGAUAAAGAUUAAUCCUCUCUUUUUGGAGGGAUACCCUAGUGUUGCCUUAAAAUUAUAUUUAUUAAAAUACUUUUAUAAUAGUCAACCAAAAUUACUCUACUGUGUAGAUUAAACUGUGUGUUAAUAAAUCAAUCACAAUUCAGGUUAGGAAAGUAUACAGAUAUUGCUAUCAGAGGCGGGCUGAGUAAGGGAAGGAAACGGUGUAGAUAAAGCGAACUCCUGGCUUCUCUAAUGACCACACCAAUUCUAAAGAUAUAGUGGCAAAUUAAUUAAAGGGUAAGGAAUCUGACUGUGACAAGAGUGUAGACUGACUGGAUAACUUCCCUAAAUAUGCCCUUAGUUAGUCUGGGAGCUAAUGCCGGAAUAAGCUGAUAUGUCCAAACGAACUGCUGAGCAGUGAAUUCAAUAUUAUGAAAUUCCCCUAUUAUUUAAGUAUGUGCCCUAAAAUCAAUGUUGAACUGUAAGGGUAACAUCUAAACACUUCAGCUAUUGCGAGCUGACUCUUCAAUAGCCUACCUUAUGUUUUUAUUUUUUUAUUUUCCUGCUUUUUAUCUCGGUAUUGGCAAAUUAAACAAGGCACUGUUUUAAAUACAGAGAAGUAAACUUAAACAUUCCACAAAAAUCAGAAAAUCAUGUCCUGUGUUAAUCUUCAAUAUUUUUGCGGGGACUAAAAAGCCUUUUGUGUACUUUUCCUGUUCAUUGUAACAAAGGCACAUUAUCUGCUUAGCCUGUCAGUCUAGUAUCAAUAAUUAUAGUCAGUGGGAAAGCAAACCUGAAAUAUUAUCUGGUAAUUUAGCCAGACAGACCUGGAUCAGUCUACUACAAUUUCUUUCUCUUUUUACUGGUAUCAUGGUUAAAGUAGGUCAGUUUGCCAGAUGGAAAGUAAAAUUUAAACAAGAACACAAUUUAAAAGCUGUUUAGUGUGUGUAUGUGUGUGUGUAUAUAUGUAUGUUUAUGGAUAUAUAUGUAUGUUUAUAUAUAUAUAUAUAUAUAUAUAUAUAGAUAUAUAGAGAGAGAGAGAGAGAGAGAGAGAUAUAUAGAUAUAUAUAUAUAGAUAUAUAUAUAGAGAGAGAGAGAGAUAUAUAUAUAUAUAUAUAUACACAUACACAAGCAUCUUACAAUUAUAUUUUGAAAUAUAUCUGUUAAAAUAUAUAGCCACCAUGAAAAUGUUCAUUCAGCAUAGUUCAUGUUCACUAUAUUCAUGUUUUCCAUGUAGAUAUAUGUAUUGGACGGAAUGGGGCGGAAAGCCUAAAAUUGAACGAGCAGCCAUGGAUGGGACAGAGCGCCUCACUCUUGUGCCCAAUGUAGGAAGAGCAAAUGGACUCACUAUUGAUUAUGUGGAACGGAGACUGUACUGGACGGAUCUAGAUACUAAUCUCAUAGAGUCCUCUAACAUGCUGGGUAAGAGUUGGAAGAUGGGUCUUGUUUAAAUUUUUUGCUUCUAACUUGCUCAUGUUGAUUUGUGUAUUUUUUUUUUUAAUUGCUUUCAUGGAAUUGCUUUUCAGCUAUGUAGUAAAGUAAAAAUGAUGUACUAUGCUAUAAAACCUUAUGUAGUUAUUAUUAUUAUCAUUUAUAUAACGCCAUCAGAUUCCAUAGCGCUGUACAAAGGGAGGAAUGCGUGAUGGUGACUGUUUGUAGCUUCAUCUCAUGCUCCCAAACAUCACAAUGUUCAUUAAUGUACAUCAUUCUGUCCAUUCCCUGGAAGUACCAGUUCCUCCUACUUUCACCCCAAUAAAUGCUAUUGGAGCACUUAUUGGUGGUGUUAGCUCAGCGGAUGUAACUAAAAAAAUGUUCCUUACCUCCGCAGUAAGGUGGGGGAAACUCUAAACACCACCAAGAACAUAAAUGUUAUGAAUACACAAUGUAACGCCAUCAUAUCAAGUAGAUUAUUAGGCUCCUGUAUUUUCUUAUUAUAUUAGUUGUCUUGCUCCACACACAAAUAAUUUCAUUAAAAAAUAUAUACCGAUAUUUAAAAAACAAAAGAUUUCUCAUCUAUUGAGCACCUGGACGCUACGUGGCUUUUUAAUUUUUUUAUUUAUAAAGUUUGCUACCUUUUUAGCCAUUUUACUUCCAGCUGUAUCCCCCCACCCCAAGUUACUAAGCAGCUGCCUCGGUAGGUACAGAGCGUGAAAUUCUGGCGAAGGCAGUUGCCUCCCAGCUGUUUGUUUCCACCACUCCCCAAUGUGGAAGGCAGACUGCACAUGGAUAUGUGCCAAGCCCAGCUUCCUGCAGCAAGUCGAUUUGCAUUAAAAAGGAUUUAUCUGCAGGGGGAAAUGUUUAACAUCAUGUUUUAAGUAACUGAUCCGCUUUCCACUAAAUCUUCCCCUACUACCAGUCUCUUCCUAAACCUGUCUGGUUCCCCCUGUGCCUUGUGAUUUUGCACAUAUUAACACUGUUGUUGCCAUCCCAUUUUUAAGAUUUAUGAAGAGUACUUUUGUAAGAUUUUAAAUGAUAAAAAUAAACAAACAUAUUUUCUCCAUUAUAUAUACUGAGAUGCUUUUAUACUAAAUUCACUGGGUGAAAAUUGGGUUAAUGCUAAAGUGAUUGCCUAAACGUGUAAAAUUUGGCAGUAGCAAUCUGUUUGAUUUCACAGUGCUCUGACAUAACUUUUGUCUAAGCAAUGCUGCUAUUUGUUUCCCCUGUGAUCACUACUACUUGAUGCAAAGUAAUGAAAUUUGUUGAUUUGCUGGUCUGGUAUCCUAUCUCGUCACCUUGUGAAUUGAUUAAUUCUGCAGACAUUGAUCUACAACACGAUCCUUUCUUCAUGCAUGCACACCAUCUGUUAUAGCCCACAAACACUAAAUAAAGCACUUUAUUUCUAUUCAAAUAUUUUUUUAUUGAAAAUUACUCUUUUUUUUUUAAAUUUUUUUAACAGUAUGGAGUCUAUAUAGUUAGUCAAACAAGGUUCUUGCUAGCUUUAUUGUGCCAGACAGAAAUUAGAAAAGACUAUGACGGGUCCACAUUAAGCAUGUUAUACAAAAUUUGCAUCUCCAACUGUUUCCCAUCAGAAACUGAUUGAAACUGAAAAUGCUCUUUCUGUAUGGUAUAUAAAAUUGUUCAAAGAAUAAAGUUUAUGGUCCGCACUCAGCCAUGUUGAGAAAGCACCAGGGGCCUGUGAAAUGCAUCCAGGGUACUCACCUCAUCUUUUUUGUUGGGUAGUGGUGUGGGUGGUCUCUCUCUCAUCUGGCAGCAGCAGGUAUUGCUAUCAUUUCAACACUUUUUAAUCUUAUGCAAUAUUCCUAUUUUUUUUGCAAAUCUGUUUUAUUUUUGUCUGGCUACUUGUAGUAUAAUUAACAUUUCAAUUCAUUGCAUGCUGUUUGCAUAAUACCAUGCCUGCCUUGAUAUUCAUCAUGUAUGAGAACUGCCAUUAUACAUUUUCUGCCAUUUUUCGUUUUUGCACUAAUUAUCAAUAAAUGUGAAUUUUUGCAACUUAUUAAUUCCCUAAUUUAUUAGCAUAGAAAUCAAUUUUUUUUUAUUUUUUUUUGUGGAUUAAAGGGGUUUAUCUAUAAAGUAUUGUCUAUGUUUGGGAAAGGUCCUGCACCGGAAUUUAACCUCGCUUAUUAUACAGGACUUUAAAAUUUUCCUGUUAUUUGAUAUAUCAUUAAUUGGAGUGGUGGCAUAGUUUGUGGAUGGAUCUCACUGCCCAUCCACACUUCUAUUUUUCCAUAUGAAAAUUGUUCAUGUGAUCUGGAGAUGCUUUAUAAUCCUUCGCACUUGGUUUCUGUUGCACUCCUGGAAAAACCCCACAAACCUAUGUAUAUUUCUAAUGUAUGAUUUUUGACAUUGAUAUUGUGUGGGGUCAUUCCCCCUCCCCUUCUGUUUCAUAUGCUGGAAGGGCUUUCAGAGUUUACCUAACUGUAAGAGUUUCAUGUAAUGUCAUUGCGAUCAUUGUAUUAAGCGCAGAUACCGGAAGGCUAUUUGUUUCUUCUACAAAAAAGGCACGUCUUGGUAUUACAAAUUAGUUUUGCUUGAAAGCUUCUUUCUUUGUAGAAAAUACAGUUAGUAUGAAAGGAGAGGUUGUAUUUAUUUUCCUUAUUCACGUUCACAGGACGGGAGCGAGAUGUUAUUGCCGACGAUCUCCCUCACCCUUUCGGUCUGACUCAGUACCAGGAUUACAUAUACUGGACAGACUGGAGCCGUAGGAGUAUUGAGCGUGCCAACAAGACCAGUGGGCAGAACCGUACCAUCAUCCAGGGUCAUCUUGAUUAUGUAAUGGACAUCCUAGUGUUUCACUCAUCCCGACAAGCUGGGUGGAAUGAGUGUGCCUCCAGCAAUGGACAGUGCUCUCACCUCUGUCUGGCAAUGCCCAUAAGCAGCUAUACCUGUGGCUGUCCUGUUCAUUACUCUUUGAAUGCAGAUAACAAGACUUGCAUUGGUAAGAAUGUCAUAAUCUGUGCAAUGGAAAGAUAUAAAACUUUCACUUUCUUUUCAGAUGAAUUAAAUCUUUAAGUGAUAAAAAUUUAUUUUUCUGUAAUGCAUUUUUUAGAGUGUUUAUUCUAAUAUUGAUUUAGAAACAAAAACAAUCUGCAAUUGAUUUUCAAUUUCGUUUAUCAUAUCCCUCACAGUGCAUACUUAACUACUUUGUCAGGGAAUUGAUGUAUGCGUUCAGACAAUUGCAUAUUUACAUAGGAAAUAUAACAAGUCUGUGUUUUAUUUUCCUAAGUGCAUUACUAAUCCCUUUAUUUCUGUUUGUGUGUGGUUUCACAUUGCAAGAGAGAAACAAAAAGAAAAGUAAUUUGAGAUCUUUUGGGGAAAAUGUUAAAUUCUAUCAGUGUACGGUCAGGCCCUAACUCUGCCCACCUUAAAGACAUCUGGGAGCUUCCAUUGAGCGGAACACUAAUACUGUUUAUCUGUUAAUAAAUAUCUGUAGGUAUGGAAGUAAACUCUUCGGUCAUGUAAUAUGAACAAGAGAUGUAAAGAUUUCAGGUUGUGAAUUGGAAAUCUUAAAUUUUGUUCUAAAACCAAUUUAUUUCUUUACAGCUCCCAGUGCCUUCCUGCUGUUCAGCCAGAAAAGCGCUAUAAACCGCAUGGUAAUUGAUGAGCAGCAGAGUCCAGAUAUCAUCCUCCCAAUUCACAAUUUGCGCAGUGUCCGUGCUAUAGACUAUGAUCCAUUGGAAAAACAUCUGUAUUGGAUAGACUCUCGUCAGAAUAUACGCCGGGCACAGGAGGAUGGCAGCCAGGUGAGGCUACAAGUCCCUGUUUAAUGUCCACUGUUAUAAGAGUUUUGGGAAUUAGCCUUAAAGGGUUACUCAACUAUCAUGACCACUUCUGCUUUUAGAAGUGUUUUUUGUGGCUGGAGUCUGUACGUGCAUUGUUUCUGCUUGAAACACUGCACACAUGGAGAUAUUUGCACUUUUGUUUUGGUCAUUCUGCAUUUUUUUGAAGGCUAUAAAUAAGAGGAUUACAGAAAGUUAAGAAAGGAGUUACAAGAUAGAAGCACAUAACAAUAUUGCCCUUUUUUUAUGACCCCGACACACAUCUUAGGCAGUUCCUAAUGUCAGUUCUGUGCAAACAUUACGUCUGUCCUCAGUACAUACUACGUUCUGGCAAAAGAUGUCAUUAUCUUGUGUCCCUUCCCCCCCAAGUUGUAGCCGCCUUUUUAAUUUUUUUUUUUAAUUUUAUUUUAACCUCCAAUUUCCCCUCUCUCCACUACCACUUCCUCCAUGCCCUUACUGGCUCUGAGCGCACUCAUGCGCUAUGAGAAAAUCAAAUAGUCCAGUGAAAUGCUUUUCUAUGAGAAGCAUUUGAUUGGACCACGGAAAAGAAGUCAGUGACACAUUUUCAGCUAACAUUGUUGGUGUUGUUUUUUUCAUUAUUGUAUAACUAAUAAGAGGGGGGAGCUAUUAAAUAGUGCCCAGUAAGUGUGAUCAUUCUGGAGCAAAUGAGCACAUGGAGCUUGUAGGCCUGUUGCCUAUCACAAAUAUGCUUAUUGGUACAGGAAAAGAUACUAGUCUGUCAUGGAUGACCAGUGUUCACCAGGCAAGAUGAUGUUGGAAAAAUAUAAACAGUUUUAUGCUUAGCAGGAGAACAGCUAGUGGAUGGGGAGAAUCAUGUAGCUGCAGAGGAUUAUGACUAUGUGUGUAAUAGUAUGAUUGUAUUCCUGUGGAUAAAAUGUACGAGUUUUGUUGGGAAGGGAGAUCCCACCUGGGCACAUUUUAUACGUUCUAUGCGUAAUAUUUUUAAGAUCAUUUGGGAUAAUGAUUUUAAAGGGAAGUGAUCAACCCUAAUCCCAGAAUGGAGUCAUGAGUAGUUUAUGGGCUUCUCAGAUUUUUUUAGCUUAAAUAAAUAAAUAAAUAAACAAAAAAUUUUAUUUUUUAUUUUUUUUACACUGCCCUGCAGUUCCCUAACCCAAAGGACAUUCACUAAGAGAAUUUGAUGUUACUAAUCAACUUUUAGUGUGUUAUGUUUAAAUAAACGGAUGGAAUUGUCAUGGAUAAAAUAGCACAAACCAUCAGCAAUGUUUGAUAUAAGCAUUAAUAUUAUUUGCUUGAAAUUUUUUUUAUCAAAACUGCAGAAUUGGCAAAUAAUGGUUUGAAGAAACAAAAGUAAGACAGUUGGAACCACCAGCAGGCGCUAUACCCUAAGACAAUAGUGCCAGGUGUAACCACUUGUCUUUUGUACCGAAGUGAGACUCCAGAGGUCUCAGGGGGCUUAACCCCAAUGUAAAGGAUAAACCAAGAAAAAAGAGAGUAGAUGCUGAAAGUCUUAACUAAAAUAGUGACACUAGGCUCAUCACCUGUAAAUAAAAAAAAUAGUGCUGUGAAAAAAUUCUUGUAUACUAAUAGAUAACAGUGGCAAAUAAUAAUACAUAAAUGUAGCCAAAUCAGUUGAUCAAAAAAUAGGAAAUAAUAAUGUAAUAACAAAAUAAAAAAUCCUAUGCAUCAAAAAUAUGGAACGGGUCAAUGUAUUACGUAUAUAGGGUAUGGUUCAGAGUAAUAAAAUACAGCUUUAAUAGAAAUGGCUUAAGUGAAACAUAACCACUACCAAUGCAUGACAUGCCUGUGGUAUACUGAAAAAAAAUGUUCUCCUCAGAGUACUAAUCCCUUGAUACUCCAGGAUCAGGUCAAAUAAUAAUAGGCUGAUGAUUGCCCAAAAUGAAGAUCCUGAUAUAAGCCAGACAAAUUGCUCUGAACUAGAGAUGGUAACAGGGGGGAAAAAUAGUAAAUAAUAGAGAAUCAUUAUCGACUAUCAUGGAGAAGUGUCGAAGAGUUAGUACAGGAGGAGAGUAGGCUGUAAAUAUAUAGGGGUCAGUUUAAGAGGAAAUUAGGUUUCAAUACCACAGUACUGAACACGUGUAUCAUGGCUAGUCUUUUUUAUUUGAUAAAUCUAAACGAGAUUUUUGGUGUAUGGAUACAGACCAAGUCUUCUCAGAUCAGGAAUUAAGUAGCAGCCUAACUAGCGAUAACAUUAUCUCAUCCUUUAAUCGUUUGACAAAUUUAUUUCAACAACAAAUCAAAAUUGGAUGGGAAAUAGCAUCUCUAGAAAAUCUUAUACCUAGAGACCUGAGGGUACAAAAUAUCCCAUUGACACAUAUUGAAAAGGUAGAGUUUAUUAAAGAGUGGGAGGAAGCCGCAGGAACAUGCUCUAAAAGAUUUAUGGAGAUCUUAUGCAAGUUUGAAUCAAAAAGACUAGAAAAAGUGAACCAGGAGGUAGAUGAACAAAUUAGUAAGAUUAAAAUUUUAAGAACGAAACCGACUUGGAAAUAUUAGAAACGAAACUGAAGAACAAUCUGGACAAAUUCCAACAAAACAUUAAGAUACGCAGACAUUCCAAGUUCAUAGGGGACAGUAACGAUUUUAAAAGUGGAAACAUCUAUAAGAGGAACAAAAGAAUUAGGAAAAGCUUUUCCAAACCUAUCUCCACAUCAGAAUAUGAGACUAGUGGUUCUGAUUCAGACUCUAAUAGGGGGGGCACUACAAGCUCCCAUGAACGCAAUACUAGAAGUAUAUUAAAAAGAGGGGUCACUUUUUUAGGACAACCAAACAUGGAGGACAGUGUUGCACCGCAAACACGGAGCCGCUCCAGACCUCCGCAACAGUUCAGGAGAAAACGGUACUAGAUCAGAUACCUGAAAAGGAUGCAAACCAGAUUAUUAACCUUUCAUCACAUACUCUCAUUAAACCAGAACUACAAAUAUUACAACGUGGUUUAUCCUUCAUUCCAGUUUCCAACUUUGAUACGUUUAACUGGAUGAAGGACAUACACCUGUUUGCAAGAAAAUUGGCACUUCUCAAAUUCCAUCGCAUUCGUGAUGAAAAGAGAGCUAAAAACCUGGGUUUGCAACUUUCAGAUAUUGACCUACUGGAUACACUUGUGGAUUUACUAUCCUCUAAUGAUAUGUCCGAGACUUUACAACCUCCUUUUACACAACUUAGGAGAAAGAGCCUGUUCACUCCACAUCUCGCUGAAUUUAAAUACAUCGACCUAUUUGUCGAACUAAUGUGUAGUGAAAUCGAGAAAAUUAAUCCUAAAGACCUUAUGUUCCAACCAUUUUUCUAACCCUUUCUCCUCCAGUUUAUUCUUCCUAGUUUAUUUACUGUAAUGUAUUUUUUUUUCUUUUUUGCAAUUAUCUGCACUAUAUACAUGGAAGAAAUCAGUUUGUUUUUCCCUGUGUUUUUUGCAGAGUAUGACUGUGGUUGCCAACCCAAUGCCCAACCAGAAUAUGGACAUGCAGCCGUAUGACAUGAGCAUUGAUAUCUAUAGCCGCUUUAUCUACUGGACCUGUGAAGUCACAAAUGUCAUCAAUGUAACGCGUCUGGAUGGGAGGGCUAUUGGCAUUGUUCUUAAGGGCGAGCAAGACCGGCCAAGGGCUAUUAUUGUCAACCCAGAAAGAGGGUAUGUUCGCAUAUAACAGGUUUUUUUUUUUGUUUUUUUAUAAAUCUUCAUAUUUAAUGUAUGAUGUGAUCUGAUGCUAUCCUGUCUGCUUUUUCUCCUAUGUUUAUAGAUUUUAGGAGAAAGUCAAAUGUCAUAGGAGCCAGGAAUGGUUUAAAAAUGUUGGUUACAAAUACCAGAUAUAGGCAUCAAGUAUUGCUUGUUUUUAGUAUUUGACAGGCAUUCCAUUAUUUUUGUGAAUUUUAGCAAGGCAAGUAUGCCUUCAUAUUAAUGUUCACUACACUUCUUAUUAAUACCCUGUUAUAAACUACCAAAAGUGUGUACAGCGCCUAAACAAAAUUUGUGAAUAAAACAUAUGUCCAUUGUAAAAUCGGCAGCAUGCACUACGACAAAAACCUGUAAAUAACAACAUAGUGCAGAAAAAUCUUAAACUCUUAAAUAACAGAUUCUGAAAUCCUGGCUCUGGGUUAUCAGGGAUCGGAUAUAAUCAGUGAAGGGAACGCCCCACUUAUGCCUGGCUUCUCCACCGAUGUUGACAGAUGUAUAUAGAAAGAGGAUAAUAUAGCCUAAACAAUGUAUUCUAUACAUAAAUUAAAAACUCUUAAAAAUGUGUGAGCUAUUAUAAUAAGACAACUCACAACUCAUAACCCAUGUUGUUCGUAUUCCAAAUAAUUCCAUAUCAGCAUAUUUUAUUUAUUGAUUUUAUUCCUACAAUUCAAUAAUCAAUGUGGUGAAUGUGAGGCCUAUUUAAAGGGACACAAUAGCACCCAGACCACUUCAUCUCAUGGAAGUGGGCUGGGUGCAGAGCCCUGAUGCCCUUAGCUUUGCAAUGUACAGCAUUACGGGUUAAGACUUCCUGUAGUAGCGGUCUUCCAGAUUGCCACUAGAGGCACUGCCUCAAUUUACACAGGAAUGUAACACGCUGGACAUCCUCAUACUUUGCAUUAGCAUUUCAUAAAAUCUUCUGUUUUUACAUUGUGACUGUGGUAUUUUUAAAGUAACACUAUUAUCCACCAGACCACCUCAUCUCAAUGAAGAGGUCUGGGUGCCAUAUUGUUCUUAUGGAAUUGCAAUGUUUUAUUUGGGGGGAGGUUAACCUGCCCCGAGUGGCUGUUAAAUGACAACCACUAGAAGCACCUCUCUUAAUUCAGUCAGAUAAAUCUCAGAGAGACCCUCUCAUGCAGUACAGCAUUUUGCCACACUUGCGCACUAGCCUCCCAUUGCGUUCAUUGAGACGGAGAAAAAGUAAGUAAACAUUAACCCCUUAAGGACACAUGACAUGUGUGACAUGUCAUGAUUCCCUUUUAUUCCAGAAGUUUGGUCCUUAAGGGGUUAAAUGGUGACUAGUGAACUAUAGCGUAGAUAUUUGUAAUAUAACGCUAUAGCGUUCCUUUAAAUGUGAUACCAGCCUCAUAAUGUUUUUACGUAUUGUAGAUAUUGGUUCUUACAACCUGUUUGUUUAUUUUUCUUCUCUUGUAUCCAGAUACAUGUACUUUACUAAUGUGCAAGAGCGUACAGCUAAAAUCGAGCGAGCUGCCCUUGAUGGAACAGAACGUGAGGUCCUCUUUUUCUCUGGACUAAGCAAGCCAAUUGCACUGGCAUUGGACAACAAGCUGGGAAAACUUUUCUGGGCAGAUUCAGACCUACGAAGGAUUGAAAGCAGUGAUCUGUCUGGUAAGAUGUUUGUAACAGAAAUGUUAUACCUAACAAGACUGAAACAAUCAUCUGGGGUUGCUGUAUCUCUCGUGCAAAGGGAGCCGGCCUGCAUUUUGGAUCUGAACAAGCCUUUUAGAUGGGAUCAGUCUGAUGUGUAAAUGGUUUAGAUUCUCUAUGUGAUGGAACAAGAUAACCCAAAAUUAGCUGAGAACUGUGCGGGAACCCACCAAAGGGCAAACUAUUUCAGCCCUUGCAAGGAAUCCUGGAAAUAUUGAAAAACAAAAACAGGGUUGCUCUUAAAGAAACAGAGGCACAAAAAUGGCUAAUAUUUAGUUGUGUUAGAACGUGCAUUCAGUAGAGACAGUUCUUUUUUUAGAUUAUCCAAUAGAAUACCUACUUUGGGCAAUAACAUUUGUUUUUUUUUGGUAUAAAAGGGUUUUGUUACUUUUACAUGAUUUGUUUCAGCGCAUUCUCUAACAUGGUUCCACCACAAAUGGAUUUUCAGGAGGUGCAGGUAUAAGGGGAAAAAGUAAAAAUGUCUAAACAAGAUCCAGGGAAAUUUCUUUCUUGUUCGAUUGCAAUGUGAUACAAUCAAUGCAAAAAUAAAAAAUCGAAAUGGUUUACCAGUCACUUGGCAUUUCUUCUUUAUAGUGAUUUGAAUUCACAGUUUUUCUUUAUUUCUGGUGCAGUCUACCACUCACAGCCUCCACACAAUUUCACUAUUUUUCCUGAAUAAGUCAAUUCUGACCGAACACUUUGAGGUGAGGCUUUAACAGAGGGUACCAAAACAAAGGCAAAACUGUGAAUUCAAGCAUUUUAUUAGAGGAAAAGCCAAGUGACUGAACUAUUUGAUUUUAUGACACAAAUGUUUAUUAUUUGUAUAAGCGCAAUUUUAAAAUUCUAUCUAACAGGAAAGGAGUUUCCCUCACCCUUGUCUAUACGUUUUGGGCAAAAGAGAGAGAAAUGCCUGUUUUGGGUGUGCUGCAAAUAGAAGUAUAACUUUUUAUUAUUAUUUGUAUACGGUUUUCUUAUUGUUUUACUUAUUUUCUUUCAUUUUGUUACACGGUUCCACAGAAUUUUUGUUGGGUUAACUGGAAUGUCUGUACAAGGGGAAUGUUUUUGUUUUGUGAGUUUAUUUUUAUUUUUUUUCUCGUAUGAUUUUUAUUUUUAUUUUAUUUACCUGCAGACUUGGAGUCUUCCUUAUUUUUGUAUAUGGUAAUUAUAAACCAAUCUGGGUUGUAGGAGUUUUAAGUGGGGGGGGAAAAAAUACCUUAUUAAAUUAAUCCAAAUUGUUAACUGCAUGUGAGUUGCACUGGCUACGUCCAUAUAACAUGAAUAAUUAGCUCCAGGCUUCUGUAAACUGAGUUUUCAGUGUGAUGAAGAGUACAUUUUCUUUAUGUUAAAUGACAUGAUUGCAUUUAAAGCGACACUGUCGUACCGAACUUACCUUUCUUUAAUCGCUUCCUCUUCUCUCCCUCUCUCAGAAUCACUUCUCUGUUUCUUCCUAUCUGUUCUAGUUUUCUUUAAAACAUAACACAAAGUAGGGGCUACUUUGUCUUGUGUAUUUUUCCUACACCUGACCAUCUGACCACAGGAAAGUGUGCUCCAUUUCCUGUGGUCAGAGCAAUUUCCCACAAUUCUCACCUUUUCUCCAUGAUCUUGCGAUGCUUCCUUUCAGUAUUCCCGAACGUCCUGUCAUUUAGGCAGUACACAGGCGAAACUACCGAAUUUCGUCCUAACAGAAUGACAACAGUUUGUUCAUUCAUGUUAGGACGACAUUCAGUACUUUUAGGUCGGUUCGCAAUUUCAUUCAAUGGUUGAAAUUCUGAUCAGAUCCAUGUUUGCAGCCGCUUAGUAGAUAGCUCCCUAAUACCGUUCAAACCGACCUAAAAGUACUGAAUAUUGUUAAGUGGGCAAAGCAGGAACGGGAAUUGGAUGUUCCUGUCCAUCUAGGGACAAAUAACUUUGCUUGCAAUGAGGUUUCAGAGGUAAAAAAAAAGUUUUUAGUGUUUUUGCCAAUGACAUAUGGCAGGUUUCUUCCACACUGUCAUUCUCUGAAGUUCUGCCUGUGCAUAACUCAGAACGACAAGCGGGUGCAUAUUAGGGACUUUAACUUGUGGCUUGGUGAAUGGUGUCGAGAGCAAGGAUUUGGCUUUAUUUCUCAUGGUAGCUCUGUUUGGAAUGAAAAUAAAAUGUACAAAAAAGAUAGUUUCCAUCUUUCUCAAAAGGGAACAAAUCUCAGUGAGGAGAUCAGAGGUUUUGCUAGGAUGUAUUUAAACUAGGAGGGGAGGGCAAAAGUGUGUUAAAACAUCAAUCCAAUUGUCCCCCAAAACAAGGACAGAAAAUGCCUGUAGCAAGCGUGUUCAAAAAUAAGCGUAGUCAUGUCUACAAAUGCUUGCAGUUUAGGGAAUAAGAUCCAUGAACUUGUGACAAUAAUGGCAGAUGAUGUAGAUUUAGUCGCUGUUACUGAGACAUGGUAUAAUGAGAAAAAUGACUGGGACAUAGCAAUACCAGGGUACUUUUUAUAUAGACUAGACAGGGAAGGCAAGAAAAGGAGGAUGGGUGGCCCUGUAUGUGAAGGAUAGCAUAAAAUCUAGCCUGAUAAGUUAGUGAGGUGAAGAUAGAGUCCGUUUGGGUUACAUUAGAAUUUGGUAAUCACACAGUAACUUGUGUAGGUGUGAUUUAUAGGCCCCCAGGUCAAAUAGAAGAGUUAGAUAAUCUACUAGUUGAGGAAAUGGCUAAAAUGACAAUGAAGGGGGAAGUUAUCAUCAUGGGUGACUUUAAUCUUCCUGAUGUGAAUUGGAAAACCAAAAUAGCUGCUUGUGCCAGGAGAACACAUAUGCUAAACUCCCUACUGGGAUUGUCUCUAAAACUAGUCGUUGAGGAGCCAACUCGUAAGGCCAUACUAGAUUUAGUGUUAAAAAAUGGAGAUUUGGUAUCAGAUAUUACUGUAGGUGAACAUUUAGGAUCCAGUGAUCAUCAGUUAGUGUGGUUUAACCCCUUAAAACCGGAGGACGUACAAUUACGCCCUCUAAUAGGCGGCUCUAAACGCCGCCGGGCGUAAUUGUACGCCCUCCGGUUUUUGUUAACUUACCCGGUCGCCGGCGGUCCCACGCCGGCGAUCGCGGUUGGGGGGACUCCCAGGGAGCCCCCCGCGGCACCUCCGUCCUCCUUGAAGCCCCCCGGCCAUGUGAGAGUGGGGUCCUAACGAGGACCCCACAAUCACAUGGCCGGGGAUAGCUGGCUUCUGUAUUGCCGGCAGGGGGGCUGCCUGUAAUUACAGGUGGUCCCCCUGCUGGCUGAAAAUAAAAAUAAAAUAAGUUAAUGGUGUAAAAAAAAAAAAUUAUAUAUACUUAGAUCAUAUAUAUAUAUUAUAUAUAUGAUCUAAGUAUAUAUAUAUACACAUAUACAUACACACACAUACACCGUCUAGGUGUAUUUUACUAUUAAUAUAUAUAUAAUUAUAUAUAUAUAUUAAUAUCAAAUUACACGUAGACUGAUACUGAUUAAACAUAUAUAUAAUUAUUGUUAUAUAUAUAUUUAUAUAUAAUAUAAAAAAAAUAAAAAUGUAAAUACGUUAAAAAAUAAAAUUAAAAAAUAAUUAAAAAUAAAUAAUUAAAAAUAUAUAGAUGUGUGUUAUUUCGUUCUAACUGUAUUGUGAUAUAUAUAUAUAUAUAUAUAUAUAUCAAAAUACACGUAGAACGAAAUAAUAUAUAUAUCUAUAUACAUAAAUAUAUACGUAUAUAUCACUAUAUAUAUACCUAUAUAUAAAUAAAAAUAUUUUUAAAAAAUUAUAUAGAUAUAUAUAUAUAUAUACACAUAUGUAUAUAUAUAUACAUAUAUUAAUUCUACAUAUAUAUUUAUGUAAUAUUUUUACAUAAUUAGGUAUCUUAAUUAAUUACAAUUAGCGGGACCUGCCUGACAACCCAUGCCGAAAGUAAAGGGAAUUUAAUUUGCUAGCACUAUAUUUAACCCUAUAACUUUCCAAGGCACCAUAAAAACCUGUACAUGGGGGGUACUGUUCUACUCGGGAGACUUCGCUGAACACAAAUAUUAGUGUUUCAAAACAGUAAAAUGUAUUACAACGAUGAUAUCGCCAGUAAAAGUGACGUUUUUUGCAUUUUUCACGCACAAACAGCAUUACACAGACAAUAUUAUUGCUGUGAUACUUUUUACUGUUUUGAAACACAAAUAUUUGUGUUCAGCGAAGUCUCCCGAGUACAACAGUACCCCUCAUGUACAGGUUUUAUGGUGUUUUCAAAAGUCACAGCGUCAAAUAUAAGGCUUGUGUUUCAUUUUUUUUCACAUUGGUUACAUUGCCUUUGAGACCCUAUGGUAAGAAUGAAAAUUACCCCUAUGAUGGCAUACCAUUUGCAAUAGUAGAAAACCCAAGGUAUUGCAAACAGGGUAUGUCCAGUCUUUUUUAGUAGCCACUUAGUCACAAACACUGGCCAAAAUUGGCAUUUUUUGCAUUUUUCACACACAAACAAAUACUAACGCUAACUUUGGCCAGUGUUUGUGACCAAAUGGCUACUAUAAAAGACUGGACAUACCCCAUUUGCAAUACCUUGGGUUGUCUACUAUUGCAAAUGGUAUGCCAUUAUGGGUGUAAAUUUCAUUCCCGGGCUACUAUACGGUCUCAAAGGCAACGUAACCAAUCUGGCGAAUUUCAAUUUCAAAUGUAACGUGCUAUAUUUGACCCUGUAACUUCCCAAAACGCCAUAAAACCUGUACAUAGGGGGUACUGUCUUACACGUGAGACUUUACUGAAUAUAAAUAUGUGUAUUUUAUUGCAGUAAAAGCAAACAGUAUUAUGACAUUGACCGUUAAAAUGUCAUGUAGAACAAAAAAAAUCCAAGAAAAACGUAUUUUCUCCCAUUUUUUUCAUAUUAAAUUAUGUUUCAUAGCUAAAUAUUUGAUAUUAAAUGAAAGCCCUGUUUCCCCUGAAUAAAAUGAUAUAUAAUAAGGGUGGGUGCAUUUACUAUGAAAGAGGUGUAUUACGGUUGGACAGACAUGUAGCGCAUGUGCCAGGUUUUGUUUACAUUUUGUUUUGUUCACAAUGUGUACAUUUGGCUCCGUCCUUAAGGGGUUAAUAUAAGAACAGUGACAAAAAAAACAAACAAAAGGUUAGCAUUUAGUAAUUAUAAAAAAAACAAACAAAAAAAAACCCAGAGACUCACCCGGCAUCGUCACCGUAGAGGACUCCACAAUAUCUGCCACCACAUUGCCCAGCAUGGGAAUAGGCUGAAUGUGGACACUCAACCCUGAGAGCUGCGCCACAGUGUACUGUCAGAGAGCACUACGCUACAGGGUCAAGGUGCGCUUUCAUACCCACCAGGUCCUACAUCCAAGUCUUUUCAUGGACCCUGCUUCGCUCACUCAUUUUGCCUUGGUCAGCUUCUCCAAGUCUAACGCGGACAAAAUUACGCAGUCGAAAGCGAAGGUUGGGUGGGGGGAACCUGCAUGUUACCUAGCUUUAUCUUACCGGGCAAUCACGGGAAAUGUGGGGUAUCGGUGGUCUAACCGCAAUGCUUAAACGAUUAUUUUGAUCUGGCUAGCAUACAAUCUGAUUACUUUUGUUUUUCAUAUUCACAUAGUUAAUCAGAUGUCAAGCUCGUCAUUAUACUAGUUAGCCUGGCAAUAACACACCUGUUUAACCUUGUAUCUAUAACGUGCAUAGUCAGUUGGUAUAGCCUGCUUUUUACCGCAUGUCGUCUAAUCUCAUCACUGCCGCCUAUCUUUCCUUCUCCUAAUUAUAUCAUAAGAAAAAAGUGCAGUUUAUUUGAAAGUCAUGUCAAUGUUUCUCUUGUCUGACUAUAAUAUGCUUGUGAACGCUGUUGUGGCUUGGCAAGCUUGUUACUACAUGCACAACAAAAAUAAAGAAUAAAAAAAAAAAACCCAGAGUGAGGAAGACAAAAUGAUCUAUAAGAUUAGGCAGAAAGAGGCUAAGCAAGUUAAGAGCUUCCAAAUCACACACAGAAGAGAAAAUAGCACAGUCAGUAAAAAAGGGGGACAAAACAUUUUUUAGAUACAUAAAUGAGAAAAGGAAAGUAAAACAAGGAUUAGUUAGAUUAAAACCAAAAGAAGGAAGGUAUAUAGAAGAGGAUAAAGGUCUAGCUGACUGCCUCAAUGAAUAUUUUGUUCAGUAUUUACAAAUGAAAAUUAAGGAAAUGGGCCUCAGUUAGGAAAAAGCACAAACGAGUCAUUUGUUACAUGUGAGUUUACAGAGAAAGAGGUUUUAUUUCAACUGUCAACAGUAAAGACAAAUAAGUCAAUGGGACCUGAUGGAAUACACCCAAAGCUAUUAAAAGAGCUUAGUGGUGUACUAGCAAAACCAUUGAUUUAUUUAACCAAUCAUUAACUGGAGUAGUCCCAGAAGAUUGGAAGUUAGCGAAUGUUGUGCCCAUUUACAAGAAAGGUAAUAGGGAGGAGUUGGGCAACUAUAGACCAGUAAGCCUUACUUCAGUAGUGGGAAAGUGACGGAAACCAUGUUAAAAGAUAGGAUUGUUGAACAUCUAAAAACACAUGGAUUUCAAGAUCAGAGACCACAUGGGUUUUUUUUUUACUUCAGGGAGAUCAUGCCAAACAAAUCUUAUUGAUUUUUUUGAUUAGGUAACUAAAAUUGAGAGGGUAGUGGAUGGUGGAUGGCCCCAUAGAUGGUGGUGGGCGGGGGGGGGGAGACUUGUUGCGGCUGGUGGGGGCCCUAAAUUAUGAGAGGUGAGUGGGGAUCCUAAAUUACAAUUACCCACAGGGACUUAAUCUACCCACACAAAGAUGGCGGUGCCCAGGACCUAGGUCCGGGCACGAAAUGACUAUUUAAAAAAUAGUGGGGGCUUAGGAGCAUAUGGGGGUGACUAGUUGGACAAUUAGAUGUAGUGGAGUCGGAGGGGUUAAAAAAACAAAACUAUAUUCAGGCCAUGACCGUGCCGCUUUAAUAUUGAGUAUAAGUAAAGUUCAUGUAUGACCAUUCCAGAAAAUAGCGAUCAGUUUCUUUUUGAAAGGCCUGCAUGCAGUUUAUAGAAUUUUAAAGUCCGGUACCAGUCUGGUUUUCUAAGACCAUGUAUUUUCUUUCGCCGCUUCUUCAGAUGUCAACCUUGUUGUGCUUAGAUUCGUAAGGAAUUUGACUGCAUGAUGUGUGUAUCAAAUUUGCAACAAUUGUUUUGAUUGUGUUUUGUGUAUUGUACCUGUUCUAACAUUGCUACUGAUAGUCUUAAAACCAUAACCUUGUUGUGCUUGAGGACUAUGGUUUUCUAACACCAAUUAAUUGCCAUUCAUUUUUAGGUGCUAACCGUGUUGUGCUGGAGGAUUCAAACGUGCUUCAACCAGUUGGACUGACAGUCUUUGGGAACCACUUGUACUGGAUUGACAGACAACAGCAGAUGAUUGAACGUAUCGAUAAGACUGGGCUGGGGGGGCGCACCAAAAUCCAAGCCCGUAUCCAAGUCUUGACAGACAUACAUGCUGUGACAGAGCUGAGCAUGCAAGAGUACAGUGAGUAAUUGUUACAGAUACUUUCCAUUCAGUUUAUAUUUCACUUUUUUUAUUUUUUGGAUCACAAAGGGCAGAAAACAACUUAUCAGUAUAUCAUUGACAGUUUAUUUCUAAAUUACUGUUUCAUGAUGUCUGCGUGGUUUACAGCAUUCUUUAGCUUAUUAGUUACUAAAUGUAGUCACAAGAAAGAAUGUGUCAUUGGUAUUUUAUAGUAGCUAUCAGCUUAUGUGUACAGGGAAAAUACAGAAUAGUGUAUUUGGAAAAGGGUUUGUGGGACAAUCCAAUCUCCUAUUGUGUUUACAUUGGGGAAAACAUUUUUACGAACAGUUUAAAACAAAGAACAUUUGUCUGUGCUGACUGCAAAGCAUACCAUUGCUUACUAACAUUACUAUUUUAUCAUAUUGAGGAGAUAGAUAGGUGUGUGUGUGUGUGUAUAUAUAUAUAUAUAUAUAUAUAUAUAUAUAUAUAUAUAUAUAUAUAUAUAUAUAUAUAUAUAUAUAUAUAUAUAUAUAUACACACACACACAAAUUUUGUUGCACUCCCUGCAUAUUCCACUGCUGGCCUGGUGCUAAUCAGCAAAAACAUAGAAAGGUAAAGUGGAUAGCACUCCUCGUUCAUUUAGGAUCCAUAUAUAGUCCUGAUACUUGUUUUUAAUUUCUAUUUAGUCCUUAAUAUUAUCUGUCUCUGUCUCUCUCUCGCUCACAGAGGAACACCCAUGUUCUCAAGACAAUGGAGGCUGCUCCCAUAUCUGCAUUGUGAAAGGAGAUGGUACCACCCGCUGUUCAUGUCCUGUACACUUGGUCCUUUUGCAAGAUGAACUGUCAUGUGGAGGUAAGUUCAGUUUUAUGGCAGUUCUUUUAUUUAUUUAUUUUUUCCGGACUUGUACAGGCUGCAGUAGCAUGCCUAGAAAAAGCAGUAUACGUGAUAUUUCAUGGAUUAUCCAUGGUUAUUAUGAUUAUAUCCAUGGUUAUCAAUGAUUAUACAUGGAUAAUAUAUUUCACACACUUUGGGUGCCUUAUAAACAUGCUGCUGUUUUCUUGCUUGGUGAAUCCAUUUAAAUCUAGCAAGUUACAUUUUGUGCGUUCUAAUUUUAAUUGAACAUUACAGGAAUACUUUUGUACAGAUUACACUAUAAUCAGAAUUAUCUUCAGAUUUGUGCCCUUUAGACUAUGUAACCUUCUUGUGUAAAAUUAUGAUUAAAAUGUUUUUAUAUAAUGCUUCAUGCAAUUUAUUUGGCAAUUAUUCUACUCAGGAUUGUCCUUCAUCUCACCAGCUGUUGGCCAGUCUGUUUUUCUUUUGGUGUGGUUUAAUUUAUUGUUUUGUCUUUUAUUUGUAAUGAUAUUCCAGUAUGACAUUAGAAAUACUAGGAGAUGCUGGUUCUAUCAUUUGAUUGUAGAAAUAGUGCACUGCAUAUGAAAUGGUUUAAUAAUUAAUUUUUUUUCUGUCUUGUAGAGCCUCCAACCUGCUCACCACAGCAAUUCACCUGCUUCACUGGGGAUGUAGACUGCAUUCCUGCAGAGUGGCGCUGUGAUGGAUUCAUAGAGUGUCUCGACAAUAGUGAUGAACAAAAUUGCCCUGUGUGCUCAGAUACCCAAUACCAAUGUGCUAGUGGGCAAUGCAUAGACUCAUCCCUGCGUUGUAAUGGUGAUGUCAACUGCCAAGACAAGUCAGAUGAAAAGGGUUGCAAAGGUAGGAAUUACUUUUUAUAAAUUAUCAUUACAUUUUAAAUCCUUUUUAAUCCGAACCAUGUUGGCUGCUUUUAAAAGGGAUAUUGGUUGAAGUAGUGAUCUCUAUUUAUAACCGGUUUAAUAUAGAGAUCUCGAAUAACACUGUAAGCAGAUUGGCUUAAACUGCUGAUGUGCGCUAUGUGAGUUGGGUCCAACUAAUUUGACUAUUUUAGAGUCCUUAUUAUAGAUCAAACUUACCUCCGUUCCAGCGCCGAGAUCCUCGGCAGGCUGCGUCCCCCUUUUCGUCAAAAUGACGAAAUAGCAGGGCUCAAUCAGACGCUUCUCUUAGAGAAUAGUCAUAGCGAUCUGGUGCACAUUCGCGGUUUCAUGCUGCGACAAUCUCGUUCUUCAUUGAGCGGCAUUGAAUGCCGCCCUAUGAAUGAGCUCAGCACUCUACCGCGCAUGUGGUAUGCACGUUCGCGAGCUGAGCUGACUCUCAGCUCGCUGUCUAUACCCCGCCCCCUCCUACUGCAACCCUCCUCAGCCCAAACUUUGUGUUUGCAAAGAAACUCCCUCUCACUCUCCCAAUAUAUUCUAAACAUACACAUCCCUAUCUAUCCAUCCCUCCCUCUCUAUCUAUCCAUGCUCCAUCCCUCCCUCCCUGUCCGUCCCUCCCUCUCUAUCCAUCCAUCCAGAGUGGAUGGAUAGGGGUGGGUAGAGAGGGAUAGGAAGGGAUGGAUGUAUCCAUCCAUCUCACACUCGGUGCGAGUGAGCGUGCAUGUGUGUAUGAUCUCACACUACUCACUCCCUAUCCCUUGCACUCACUUGCUCACUUUCACACUCUAGCGAACUCAGAAAAUACUCGCGCACUCUCUUGCGCAGUCAGAAAAUACAGUGUUUACAUAAGAAAGGCUGCAGGGAGGUAUUGUUCUCACAUGAACAACCUCAUUAAGCUGAAGUUUUUCAGGUGACUAUGCUGUCCCUUUAAGCUUCCACUGUUUAUGCCUUGAGUGCUUGAUCCGCAUUUUCUAAAUAGACGUAAGAACUCUGUACAUUGCAGAACUCUGUAUCAUUUACCGGGGUGAAAGAUGUAGUAACUGGUACUCCUUUACUGUUGAUUUGAUAAUAGUUCACAUUUUAAAAUUAGUCUUUCCCCUGUUUGAUAAGCCAUAAUUAUCAAUUUAGGAACAUUCUAUAUGUCUAAAUAAAAAUAUUUAAUGGCUUAGUUCUAAUUUUCUUUAAAACUCUGCUCUUUUACAUAUGGAGCAAGAAAUUUUACUUGAAUGAGUUUCACCUACUAAAGCAACGCAAGUCACUCACAUAUGCCUUUUCUCCACAGAAAUCUGCACUCCUGACCAGUUCCAUUGCUCUAACGGACAGUGUAUUGGGAAGCUCAAACGCUGUGACCAUAACAGAGAUUGUAGUGAUGGUUCAGAUGAGCUGUACUGCUGUACGUAUGACCAAAUGGACUUCUUAAAGGGAAUAUCUAGAUAAAGUUGUUUGAGAUAUAUUUUUUACUCAUUGAAAAGUGGAUCUGGCAUGUUUUGUUAGUUGCAUGAUACAAUUCCUUAUGAAAAUGUCUGUGUGUCUGUUUUGCAUUUUGUUUAGUUUUUUUUUAAAGGGAAAUUAUGGUGCUAGAAAUACAAAAUUGUAUUUCUAGCAUUAUAGUACCCUACAGUGAUGCUUGCGCCCCUUUGCAGCAAGUGUUAAAAGCUCUUUUGUCACUCACCUGAAUCCUAAUAAAGGACCUAAUGUGCAUGCGUGGAAAUCGCCACUGGACAACCCCAUAGGAAAUCGCGGAAUCACUGCUUUUAUAUGGGGUUUUUGCAGAUGCUGCAUGUCCUCAUGCAUAGCAUGAGGAUGUCCAGCGUCAGGCGACGAAAAGUCACCUAACGACCGAGAAGCGUCUAUAGUGGCUGUUUGGUAGAUAGCCACUACAGGUGGAGUUAACCCUCCGUUGUAAUUAUUGCAGUUUAUCAAUAACUGCAAUAAUUACAAUUACAGGGUUAAACUGCCAGGAGCACUGCACCCAGACCAUUUCAGUGAGCUGAAGUGGUCUGGGAGCCUAAAGUGUCCCUUUUAAGCUUUUACUAUUUAAAGUAAUACUCCAAGCACCAUAACCACUAUAGUUAGCUGUGGAGCCAGGAGGGCCCUACUGCUGUACGCAGUAAGACUUUUUUUUGUUGUUGUAUGAUUGACAUCCUGGUUAUGAUACUUGGAGUGUUGUUGAUAUUUUUUUAUUUUUAUACAUUUAAAGUGGCUCUGACGUCCUAUACUUACCUUACUUCAAUCUGCUCCUCUUCUCUUGCUUACUCCUAAUUGAUUUUUUUCUUUUUUCUGUCUAUUUCUCUUCAAAUAUAUAAGGCAAAGUAACGAAUACUUUACUUUAUAUUUUUCUUCUCUGCUCGACAAAAAAGGCAGAGCUAUGAUUGUCAAGUUUUUUUUUUUUUUACUUCCCUGGGCCGCCACUAGCAAUGGUUGGAGGAACAAGGCAUUGUCUUGCUCAUCGUGAGACACUAUCUAUGAAGGCUCCAGCAACAGUAUAGCACUGGUAUCUGCUCCUGGUAGUUGAAGCGCCAGGAGUUAGAGGACCCACCGGGUGCUGAUGGCUGGACUGCGAGGGACUGUUUCAGGUAAAUAAAAUUCCCUUCCUCCUGCAUGCUGCGGCCAUCAGACACUAAGCAGCAAAGUCCUAAGCAGCAAAGUCACCAUUAAGGGUUUUUGCAAAUUAUGUAAAGACCCCAGAAGGUAACAGAGCUACUUUCACUUGACUGUUGGCUGUCUGCUGUCCUCCGUUAUUUACAUGGCUUAGGCAAGGGAAGGGUCAGUUGUCCAUGACGGCAUAAAUUUCUUUAUUGCCUCUCUGUGGGCUUGACUUAGAGACCCACCCCUGCUUAUAUUCUUCUUUUUUUUUUUUUUUAAUGGCCACCCAUUCCUAUACAUGUCCAUCAUGGGACAAACAUCUAAGGAAGGAAUAGUUAAAUGGUUACAGCAUAGUACUGUAAGUGUUGGUUGAGUAUAUUUCUCUGUCAGUCAAAAAUCGAAAAGCCUGCUUGAUUAUCCAGGGAAAUGUAUGUCAUGAACAGUUAGAAAGAUUUAUUCCACAGCAAUAAAUGAAAACUGCUUCUCUUUGGCCAUUAGAUAUAAAUCAUGUUACAUUUUUUCCAUUUAUUUUCUUUCCUUCUUUUCUUUCCUAGACCCCACUGAGGAGCCACCCCCACCAUCAACCAACACAAUAGGCUCUAUCAUUGGUGUUAUCCUCACUGUUUUUGUGGUAGGGGGAGUUUACUUCAUCUGUCAACGAGUGCUGUGCCCACGUAUGAAGGGAGAUGGGGAGGCCAUAGCCAACGAUUAUGUGGUACACGGACCAGCCUCUGUUCAGCUUGCAUGCGUCCCCCAUCCCAGCUCACUUACAGGGUCUUUGCCAGGUGAAUAUGAAAAGGGUGUUUUUAGAUGUUAUACAUUAUCUUGUACAGCAGAUGAAAUAUCGCUAAACAAUGUGUAUAAUAACUUGUUCUCUGUAAAGGGAACAUGAAGAUUUUAACAUCUAUUAAUCACAGUUUUUGUGACUGUUGUAAGCCAUCCAACAAAGUCAUUCACUAAUUAUAGGCUCUCCACCCCCCCCCCUCCUCCCCAAUUUAGUUAUUUUAAUCUGAACGGUUUUCACUUUAGUAAAUACAUAUGUAUUUAAAAACAAAAUUAAGAAUAAUAGAAUCUGUAGGUUGAUUUCUAGAGAUAGACUUACACUUGUUAAUUUUUAAUACCUUGCUCGCUCAAAUUUGGGAUAUUACCUUAGAGCUCUUAAAAGAAUCUUUUUAAAACACCUCUUUUUAUGCUGGUGAUCCAACGAAGACUUGUUUGCAUAUGCACACUGAUCAGCCACAACAUUAAAAUCACCUACCAUAUAUCAUGUCUGUCCCUCUUGUGUUGCCAAAAAAGUUAUGAUGCGUCGAGGCAUGGGCUCCACAAGACCUCUGAACUAUCUGGCAUAAAAAAAAUUAGCAUCAGAUUUUUGAAGCCCUGCAAGUUGCAGGAGUUGGGGCCUCCAUGGAUUAAAUUUGUUGUUCCAGCACAUCCCACAGAUGCACAAUCGGAUGGGGAUCUAGGGAAUUUGGAGGCCAAGUAAACACCUUGAGCUCUUUGUCAUGUUCCUUAACCCCUUAAGACCGGAGGGCGUACAAUUACGCCCUAUUUUAGGCGGCUCUAAACGCCGCUGGUCGUCAUUGUACGCCCUCCGGUCUUUCUUUACUUACCCGGUCGCCGGCGGUCCCACGCUGGCGAUCGUGGUGGGGGGGACUCCCAGGGAGCUCCCCCAUGGUAGAUCCUCCUCCUCCGGUGCCCCCCGGCCAUGUGAGAGUGAGGUCCUUGCGAGGACCUCACAAUCACAUGGCAGGUAUAGCUGGCUUCUGUAUUGCCAGCAGGGGGGCUGCCUGUAAUGACAGGUGGUCCCCCUGCUGGCUGAAAAUAAAAUUAAAAUAAAUUAAGUGUAAAAAAUAAAUAUAUUUAUAUACUUAGAUCAUAUAUAUAAUAUAUGUGUGUGUGUGUGUGUGUGUAUGUGUAUAUAUAUAUAUAUAUAUAUAUAUAUAUAUAUAUAUAUUAUACAUAAACACACGUACACUGUCUAGGUGUAUUUUACUAUAUAUAUAUAUAUAUAUAUCUAUCAAAUUACACGUAGACUGAUACUGAUUAAAUAUAUAUAUAAUUAUUGUUAUAUAUAUUUAUAUAUAAUAUAAAAAAAUUAAAUAUGUAAAUACGUUAAAAAUUUUAAUAAAAAAUAAUUAAAAAAUAUAUAGAUGUGUGUUAUUUCGUUCUAACUGUAUUGUGAUAUUAAUAUAUAUAUAUAUCUCAAAAUACACGUAGAAUGAAAUAAUAUAUAUAUAUCUACAUACAUAAAUAUAUACGUAUAUAUAUCAAUAUAUAUACCUAUAUAUAAAUAAAAAUAUUUUUAAAAAAAUUAUAUAUAUAUAUAUAUAUAUAUAUAUAUAUAUAUAUAUAUAUAUAUAUAUAUAUAUAUAUAUAUUAUAUACACACACACACAUACAUAUAGAUUCACAUACGUAUAUAUACACAUAUAUUCUACAUAUAUAUUUAUGUAAUAUUUUUACAUGAUUAGGUAUCUUAAUUACAAUUAGCGGGACCUGCCUGACAACCCAUGCCGAAAGUAAAGGGAAUUUAAUUUGCUUGCACUAUAUUUAACCCUAUAACUUUCCAAGACAACUUUCCAAUGUAAAACCUGUACAUUGGGGGUACUGUUCUACUCGGGAGACUUCGCUGAACACAAAUAUUAGUGUUUCAAAACAGUUAAGUGUAUUACAAUGAUGAUAUCGCCAGUAAAAGUGACAUUUCUUUUCAUUUUUCAUGCACAAACAGCACUUACACGGACGAUAUUAUUGCUGUGAUACUUUUUACUGUUUUGAAACACAAAUAUUUGUGUUCAGCGAAGUCUCCCGAGUACAACAGUACCCCUCAUGUACAGGUUUUAUGGUGUUUUCAAAAGUUACAGCGCCAAAUAUAAGGCUUGCGUUUCAUUUUUUCACAUUAAAAUUCGCCAGAUUGGUUACGUUGCCUUUGAGACCCUAUGGUAGCCCAAGAAUGAAAAUUACCCCUAUGAUGGCAUACCAUUUGCAAUAGUAGACAACCCAAGGUAUUGCAAACGGACUAUGUCCAGUCUUUUUUAGUAGCCACUUAGUCACAAACACUGGCCAAAAUUGGCGUUUUUUUCAUUUUUCACACAAACAAAUACUAACGCUAGCUUUGGCCAGAGUUUGUGACCAAAUGGCUACUAAAAAAGAUUGGACAUACCCCAUUUGCAAUACCUUGGGUUGUCUACUAUUGCAAAUGGUAUGCCAUUGUGGGUGUAAAUUUAAUUCCUGUGUUACUAUAAAGUCCCAAAGGCAACGUAACCAAUCUGGCGAAUUUCAGUUUCAAAUGUAACGUGCUAUAUUUGACCCUGUAACUUCACAAAACGCCAUAAAACCUGCACAUAGGGGGUAUUGUUUUACACGUGAGACUUUGCUGAAUACAAAUGUGUAUUUUAUUGCAGUAAAAGCAAACAGUAUUAUGACAUUGACGGUUAAAAUGUCAUGUAGAACUAAAAAAAAAUUAAAAUUUUUUAUUUUCUCCCAUUUUUUUCAUAUUAAAAUAUGUUUCAUAGCUAAAUAUUUGAUAUUAAAUGAAAGCCCUGUUUCCCCUGAAUAAAAUUAUAUAUAAUAAGGGUGGGUGUAUUUACUAUGAAAGAGUUGAAUUACGGUUGGACAGAUAUGUAGCGCAAAUACCAGGUUUUGUUUACAUUUUGUUUCGUUCACAACGUGUACAUUUGGCUCCGUCCUUAAGGGGUUGAACUGUCCCAUGAAUAAUUUUUGCAGUACAGCAGGGUGCAUUAUUCUGCUGAAAGAGGCCACUGUCAUUAGGGGUCACCAUUACCAUGUGUUUGUGGUCUGCAACAGUCUAUGGGUAAGUGUUGUGUUUGUCAAAGUAACAUCUAUGUGAAUGCCAGGACCCAAGGUCUCCCAGCAGGACAUUGCCAUGGGCAUAUAACACUGCCUCUGCCAGCCUUCCUUCUUCCGAUAGUGCAUCCUGCUGCCAUCUCUACCCCAGGUAAAUGAUGCACACAGACCAAGCCAGCCACCUGAGUUAAAAAAAAAAAAAUUAUUUUUUUCUUUAUAUAUCAGACAAGGCAACCUUCUUCCAUUGCUCCAAGGUCCAGUUCUGAUGUUCAUGUCCCCAUUGAAGGCCCUUUCGGCAAUGGACAAGGGUCACUAUGGGCACUCUGACUAAUCUGUGACUUCGCAACCCCAUAUGCAGCAAACUGCAAUGCACUAUGUGCAGGGCCGUAUCUACCACAAGGCAAACAAGGCUUUUGCCUUGGGCAGCAAUUUCCAGAGGGCGGAAAAAAUGCCACCCCCAAAUGCCCAGGCAAAUGGCUUGCUUGCCUCGUUUUAUGGGGGCCAAAGAGCUGGCCAGCUGGCCACCUAUGGGUCCCCGGGGUAGGCUGACAGUUGUUAACUGGGUGGGCUAAGCUGUCAGCGAGGGAGCACUUUCCCCUGAGCUUUUCUGCUCAGCAACCUCGCACGACACACACUGAUGCCGGGAGCCAGAAUAUGACGUCCGUUACAGCUCCCGGAAUCACUCGGCAGCGCGCGAGGUAUCUGAGCAGGAAAGCUCAGGGGUAAGUGCACCCUCGUUGACAACUUAGCCCGCCUGCCUGCCUGCACAUGCGUCCACCUCCAUGCCCAGCAGACCCACUGUACCCCAGGUGAAAAAUCCACCCAGCUCUCUUAAACGUAGGGAGGCUGGGUGGAUUUAAAUUUAAAAAAAUAAUAAUUGUGAGUGUUGGGGGAAAGUGUGUGUGUUCAGUGAAUGUGUCUGAGUGUGCGUGUCUGUCAGUAAGUGGGCGCUGAUGAUUGUAUGUGUCUGUCUGAUUGUGUCAAAUCAGUGAGUGUAUGUGUGUGUGUGUAUAUGUCAGUGUAUCUGAGAAUGUGUGUCUGUCAGUCAAAAUGUGUGUUCGUUAACAGGAAGAGGUGUGGCCUUGGCAGGAAGGGGCGGGCACAUUUAAAUUAGGGGUGCCCGAGAUCUGUCAUGCCUAGGGCAGCACCAUUUCAAAAUACACCACUGACUGUGUGUUAUGACACCUUUCUAUUAUGGCCAGCACUAAAUUUUUCAGCCAUUUGAGCUACAGUUCUUUUGUGUGAUCGGACCAGACGGGCUAGCCUUCACUCAACCUGUGCAUCAAUAAGUCUUGGGUGCCCAUGAAACUGAGGCUGGAAAACCUGUUCUUCCUUGUACUACAUCUGGUGUUUACUAACCACUGCAUACCAGGAACACCCCACAAGACUUGCUGUUUUUUUUAAUGGUCUGGCCUAGUUGUCAAGCCAUCACUAAAUGGCCAUCAUCAAAGUCACUCCAAUCUUUUCCGUUGCCCAUUUUUUACCUGCUUCCAACACGUGAAAUUCAAGAACUCACUCUUCAUUUGCUGCCUAAUGUAACCCAACCCUUGACAGCUGCCAUUGUAACGAUAUAAUCAAUGUUUUUUUUUUUUUUUUUUUAAUUCUUUAUUUUUCUCAAAUCACAGAAAUUAUCAACAUGGGUUCAUAUAGCGUAUGUUGUUUGAGCAUUUCUUGAACAUCAUAUUAGAGAGUAGGUUAUACAUCAAAAGAGAAAUAGGAGUCGCGUAGCGUAGCUUGUGAGUGUGUUAGUGAAUUGAGGGGUUUUUGUUUUUGUGGUGUAUGUCUGCCUAAGCGUCGUGUGAGUGGUGUAGCCACAUAACUGCUCGUCAUAAGUGCGGUACUGGUGGUAGGUAUGUCCGUGGCUAGUGUGGAUGCCCCUCCCUCAGGAAAAGGUAGUGGGACGUGUGCGCCAUGUAAAGGUAGGGAAGGGGUGGGGAAGAGAGAUUUUCUGAAGUGUUGCCAUUAAGCGCCUGGAUGGUUUUUGUGUGUAAUCUAUGCCAUGUGUAUACGGGUGAAGAGGGUGGUACUGCUGAGUAUGUCUUAUUCUGAGCGGCAGUGUUAUUAAUCGUCUCUGUAUCCCCGCUAGCUGAAAGCAUGUACCAUAGAUAGAAGUAUGGCAAAAGUAAAACAAUAAAAGCAUAUCAAUAAUAAUAAUAAAAAAUAAAAAAAUUAUAAAACAGUCGAGAAAAUGUAAAUCCGACUCAUGGUCGUGGGGUCACCAGGAUUGGUAGGGUUAAUUAACUGGGACAGUUCCUGGCUGUGUAGAGGGUCUUGGGUGAGGGCUCAGCAGCCACUGAAAUCCGACAUCCCCUCAGUCAAGUCACGGGUCCGGUGGGCUUGGGUCCUGCCGCCCGGGGUAUGAACUCCCUGAUCGCAGCUAAGUCCACUUGUGACAGGUUUCUGCCUUCAGGGGUGGCAUGAAGGGGGAGUCCCAGCGAUCGCAAGUGGUCCUCCAGCUCCUGAUAUGUUUCUGCGCGGAGAGUCGUGUCUUGGGCUGUUAUUAGGACCGUGCGGGAGGGGCCCCAUCGAUAUGGCACCUCGUUAGUGCGUAGCUGCUGAAGUAGUGGUCGUAGGGAUUGGCGCCACAGGAGUGUGUUCUUAGCUAGAUCCGGGAAAAUGAGCAGUGAGGCGCCCUCAAAGGUAAUGGGCGUCUUUCCCCUCACCGCGGCUUGCAAGAGGGCCUUGUCCUGUAGGGUGCUGAAGCGGAGGAUGAGGUCUGGUGAAGUGGAGGAUGGUGCGUUGGUUGGUUUGGGGAGACGGAACAUACCGUCUAGCCUCAUGUUCUUGGCUUGUUUCGGAGAGAGGUGGGCCGCGAAGAACCGCCUGAUAAAGUGAGGUAAGUCCGACAGUCCCACAUUUUCCGGCACUCCCCUGAGUUUUAAGUUGUACCUUCGCCUCUGAUCCUCCAUGGUGUCAAGUCUGCGGUCAAUCUUUAGCCGAUGUUGAUCCAGAGUAGCUAGACCCUUCUCCACCACAGUAAGCCGGUUAUCAUGCACGCUCUGGGUAGUUUCGAGUUGGGCCAGUUUGGUAGUCGUGUGUUCGACUGCCUUUUUGAGGGGGGCUAGGUCACCCGCCAAGUUCGCGCGGAGUUCCGCCAACAUUGCCUUAAGUUGCGCUGCGGUGACCGGGUCCCGGCCUGAGGCGGCCUCCAGUGGGACGUGGCCCUGCUUCGUAGCCAGAGUGGACUUUUCCAUCGGGGCAAUAGCCAUGUCCUCCGAGGAAUAGGAGGAGCAGUCGUCCGCCAGCGCCAUUUUGUCCCAUGCGGCCCUCUGCGAGCUCCGGAAUAGGUCCCCGAUAUCACGGCCCGGUGGGCUCUUGUCUGGCUUUGAUUUUUUGUUUUUACGGCCCAUUCUUGUUCCUGCAGUCAGGGAGCUGUUUUCUGCGAGGUUAGCAGGUCUCUUUUUCUGCAAUUUCAGCCGUUUUUGGGUAGUUGUAAGCGGAGCAUAGAGAGCUUGCUACCAUCCAGGUUCGCUGCUAAGCUCCGCCCCCUAUAGUGUAUCGAUAUAAUCAAUGUUAAUCAAUUCAGUUGUCUGUGGUUUUAAUGUUGUGGCUGAUCAGUGUGUGUGUGUGUGUGUGUAUAUUCCUUCUUGACUCCAUAAUGUAAAAAGGAUUUCACAAGUUCUUCACGUACAUGGAAACUAUAUCCUUAAAUAUUCUGAUAAAUAAAAUAAAAUUAAAUUAAAAUCCAGGCUUUUUAAAAAAAAUAUACAGAUUUUGAUAAUACAAUUUUGGUAGAGAAUUCCAUUAUCUAUGGUUCUUACUGUCCUCUUCUGUAAGUGAAAACAUCUUUCUUAUUAAAUCAGUGGAUAAUUAUGAAACUAGUUCUGUAUGUGAACUAAUUAAUCAUUGUACAUGUAAUUUUUAUUGGCACGUUUUUCUAAAUUACAGUAUUCUGAAGUCAACAAUAGAUAACGUGUGAUCUUUCCAGUUGUUAUGGAACUUUUCACUCUUGUGUUGCUCAGUCAAUCACACAUCUAGUAAAUGAUAUACAUACUAUAACAAACGUAUUUUGAAGUUGUAGUCUUGAAGCACUUCAUUUCUAGUAAACAUUGUACAUUAAAGUUUUACUUUUUCACUUUUAUAUCUUAAAUAUAUAUUUUUAUUCCCCUCUUUGUGGUAUUAUUGUAAUGUGAUUUUUACAUAUUAAAACUGUUAGUCUACGGUUAUAUGUUGAGUAAAUUGAUUGACAAACCACUACAUUUCUCCUGACCUGUCUGUUUGCAUUUCUGAUUUCCCAGGUAUGUCACGUGGAAAAUCUGUCAUCAGCUCACUCAGCAUUAUGGGUGGAAGCAGUGGGCCGCCAUAUGAUCGGGCUCAUGUGACCGGAGCUUCAUCCAGCAGCUCCUCCAGCACCAAAGGAACCUAUUUUCCCCCUGUAAGUAAACGUAACAGAGUUGCAAUUAUUCUCUCAAUUGGCAUUUCACACAUGUUAAAUUAAAAUUAUUUCUUUAACAGCUUGUAGCAUGAGCACGGUCGAUUUUAUGUAAACAAUGGUAAAUUGGGCUUAGCAGAAUGCUUUGGUUUUAACUAACUAAAAAAACUCUUAAAUAAGCCAUUUAGGAAGUGACACAUGUUUUGAACUAAAUUUAAAUGUCAAUGUUUUUGUUCUCAGAUCUUGAAUCCCCCUCCUUCUCCAGCCACGGAGCGCUCACAGUACACAAUGGAGUUUGGGUAUUCUUCAAACAGUCCAUCCACUCACAGGUCUUACAGGUAUAUAUGAUUAUAGCAUUGUUAGUUGGCAAUGGUGGGAGAGAUUUCUCCAGUUUAGAAACCUAAUAAUUUCUUCUUCCUCUGCCAUUCAGGUACAGGCCGUACAGCUACAGACAUUUCGCACCUCCCACUACUCCCUGCAGCACAGACGUGUGCGACAGCGAUUACACACCCAGCCACCGCCUCACCUUGCCCACUGCAAAAGGCUACACCAGUGAUCUCUACGACUCUGAGCCUGGGCCACCACCCCCAACUCCACGCAGCCAGUAUCUGUCUGCAGAAGAGAAUUAUGAGAGCUGCCCCCCAUCCCCUUACACAGAACGCAGCUAUUCUCAUCACCUGUACCCUCCACCUCCGUCUCCCUGCACAGACUCUUCCUGA